AUGGGCGCGCCUCGGAGUUCGUGCGCCUUCGCGAGCCUCCUCUUCUGCCUGCUCUCCGGUAAGCCCGGCGCCGUCUCCAGCCGCCCAGUGCCCACCCGCUUCCCUCGCUCUCCUCCCGGCUGGACUCUCCUUCGGCUCCCCUGGAUCCGGAGUGCCAGGAUCUGGUGCUCCUUGGGGAUUCCUCCUCCCCAGAAGCGCAGCUCUGCGCCUCCUCCAGCGCGGAGCGAACUCCCCUUUCGCCGGUUCCUUCCCGGCGCCGCCGCCGGCGCACCCUUUGCUUUCUCCCGAUUCUGGCUGCUGGCGACCCUCCUCGCUCCGAAUUCGAUUUCUCCCUCCCGUCUCCGCCCCAUGGCUCUCCCAAACCGCUUUCCUCCGCAGCAGCCCAGUUGCCGGAUAAAGUUUCUUUCUCCGCCCCCUCCCUCCCAAGAUGGCGAGGCCCAGGGAACCUGUUUCUCUGGCUGGGCGCCCUGGGAAAGGCGGAGCGGGAGGAGACGCCCCGGAACACUUCCUCACCUGGCCGGAGCCGGCGGGGCGGGGCCGCAAGGUGGAGGGCUCUCUGCCUUGAGGAUCCGCCAGCCCCACCACUCCCCCUUCCUCUGGGAUCCUCCCUCGCCCCCUCCCCGCAGGAAUCCGGAGAAUUUCAGGGGCGGUGGGGAAUGCGAGGACCAGCCUUCGUUCUGCGCCCCCAGUCUCUCUCCCAAGCUCUCCUCCAGCUAUUCCACAGCUGCAGCGCCCCGGAAUGUUUAGUCUCCCAAGGAAUCCAUGGCGCUUAGUAUUCGUUGUGAUCUUGGUUGAUUUAGCUCUGUUAGCUUGUUUUCUUUUCAUGCUUGGGGUGGGAAUAGCGGGAACCUUUCCUGAGUUUCGGAUGGGCAGAUCUGAACGAGCUCCUUGCACGCAUAAUGUAACUGGUUGUAUGAUCAUCACUGCAACCUGUAGAUCUCACCCCUGAAAUGAUCAGUUGCCCAGAUCUCCACCCAACCCUGGACUGUAAUGUGUUUCUGGUAGGAUCUGCUUGUGGCUAGUGUGCUAUUUGUCAAAUACACAGACACACACACACACCAGCAUAGCUCUGUUGCUUAUUAUUUUGUAUCCAGCAGUGAUGCCUGGAAGGAUUUGCUGUGCGCUCCCUGCUGUUCUCUGGUCGUGAUGAAAGGCUGCCUUGCGCAGCUUGGUGUAGCUGAGCUGAGCAUCUGUGCAGGUAGUUGCUAGGGGGAAGUUCCCUUCUCACCUUCAUAGGCUGCUUCUUGGAAGCAGCUUUGUGGACUCCCGUUUGCAAAGACAAUUAAGAACUGCAAUGUCUAGAUGAUAGAUCACACGAAAAGGUACCAUCUUCCUAUCUCAGACCUCCACAUCUAGCAGGGAUUCGGCCAAGGGGCUUGCCAGCGACAGGACAAGAUGGUGGGUUCCAUCGCUUGCUGUUUGUCCUUGGCGCUUGGUGAUUAGAGAUGUGUCGCUUCCGAAAGAGGUCAUAAGGAGUAAGAUGAGCCCCGAUGGAUCAGGCCACAGGGCCAUCUUGUCCAGCAUCCUGUGAUCCCAGUGGCCCAGCAGAUGCUGGUGGCAAACCCUUAAGCAGGACCUGAGCACAAGAGCACUGUUCUCUUUUAUGGCUUCCGGCAGCUGGCAUUCAGAAGCUUUACUGCCUCGGUCCCCCUGUUCCUAGCUGCUGUGACCGGAGUCCUUUGAUGGAGAAGACGGUGCCUCAGGUGGUGCCUUGGAUGCAGCAGGCAUUGGGUUCAAUGGCCAGUGAUGGAGGAAGGCCCUUCUCUGAGGAGCUUCUGCCAAUCUUGAGGAGACAGUGGACAGCCUGAGCUGGCAUAAGGCACCUUCUGAUGUUCCAUUGGGUUUUUAAACCCCGUUUCGUUUGGGGAACCUUGUCGACUGCCGAGUCCUUGAGCAUCGCAGAGGAUUCCUCAGGUGCACAAUUGGUUUGCAAGGGCAGAAUACAAGCCCUCUUUUAUUACCCCAGGACACAAUCUGUUGCUUUUCUGUGGCUGGAUGAGGAAGAUGGGCACAAAUCACGGCUAAGGGAAUUUUGUCUGCCGUGACGCAUCUUCUCAUUGAGGAGGAAGUUCCAUGGAACGACCACAGUCUGAAAAAACGUGAGAAAAAGACGAUGGGGCACUUCUGCAUUCGUUUGUUAGGAGCUGCUGUCAGAUGUUUAGGGUAGGAGGUGGCGACUGCCAUCAUGGUUCCCGUGGGUGCAGUGGUACCCUUGAGAUCUUCUCCUGGAACCCACAAAGCCUCUGAACCAACCUUUGCUCUGCCGCCUUGUGAUGAGGUGUCAAGCUGGGUUACCCUUCUCUACCUUGAAGAAAAAGGAAGGCUUGGAAAAUGCAUAGCAUUCUGGAGCAGGAAGCUGGAAGAGGGAAUUUCUUCCCCACUUCCUCUUUCAGCUCUGUGUGCCUUUUCAAGACUAGUUGGAUUAGUUUAACUGAAUCUAGCUUUUUAUCUUUAUCCCUUGGAAAAGCAGAGAAUGUGCAUGUGAACAUGCUCUUUCUGGCCCUCUUGGGGAGCAGCAUGCAGAGGAGGAGAGGAAAGAAGUAGCCUACAGCACUUGCUCAAAAAGCCGGACUUCUUCAUGGGCCCAAAAAGCCCAGCUAAACAAAUAUUUCAAUGGUGUCAAAAGAGGACUGGACAUGAGUUCAUGAGCAGAAGGCCAUCAAUAUCUACUAGCCACAAUGGCUAUACUCUGCCUUCAAGAUUGCUUCUGAAGACCAGUUGCUGGAGGGGACGUGGGUGGCACUGUGGGUUAAACCACAGAGCCUAGGACUUGCCGAUCAGAAGGUCGGCGGUUCGAAUCCCCACGACGGGAUGAACUCCCGUUGCUUGGUCCCUGCUCCUGCCAUCCUAGCAGUUUGAAAGCACAUCAGAGUGCAAGUAGAUAAAUAGGUACCGCUCUGGCGGGAAGGUAUACGGCGUUUCCGUGCGCUGCUCUGGUUCGCCAGAAGUGGCUUAGUCAUGCUGGCCACAUGACCCGGAAGCUGUAUGCCGGCUCUCUCGGCCAGUAAAGCGAGAUGAGCGCCGCAACCCCAGAGUCUGUCAUGACUGGACCUAAUGGUCAGGGGUCCCUUUACCUUUACAGGAGGGGAGAGGGCUCAUGUGCUCCAGUCUUGCUUGCUGGUUUCCUGUUCUGGGUGUGAGAACAGAGUGCUGGACUAGAUGGGCCAUUGGCCUGAUCCAGUAGCCUCUUCUUAUGUUCAAAUGUUCUAAGUUCCUGGGCGACCUCAGUUUCCCUUUGUUACUCUGUGGUCUGACCUAUUACCAGUAUGGCUGACCUAUUGCCACUGUUUCUCGGGGAUUUAUACAGCAAUCCAUCUUUCCACAUUCCUUGGGUGGAUCAGAACAAAAUACUAGAUAAAAUAACGCAACCAUAAUACAAUAGUGGCAACAAUCCAUAGAAAAGUGUUGUUUGCAUAGAGGCAGCGUGAAGUGGUUCACAAUCCUGAUAUAAAACAGUUAAAAAGCCGGGGUGAUAGCUGGGUAAUGUUAACCCUUUCAGUAGGUGCAUUAUUGUAGGAUUUUGGGGGAUGAACUGUUGUUCGGCUGUUGGCCAUUCCAGUGUUUCAAGCCUCUGGUUGUUGUUUUUUUGAGGAUUAAUGCCCUAGCCAUUGUGUAUUCGGUAUUGAAUGUGUUCCUCUGUGGAAAACUUUUCCUUUGCCCACAAUUCCGUUGUACCAUUUUGUUAGGUAGAAAUACAUCCUUGAGGGUUGGUUUUUAAAACAGGUAACUUAAAUUGCCCAGAAAAAGGCCCAGUUCAAAACCAUUCAUUUAAACUAGCUUUCUCAUCUUCUAAUUCAGGCAUACCCUCGGCAAGCAUGCAUAUUAAUUGGUUGCUAUAACAAAUAAAACCUAUGUGCUUAUGAAGCACAUAAGAAAUUUCUAUAUUUAUGCAGAGGCAUAUUCCAAAUCCUGGAGUCAUGCAGCUCACAUGUCUUUUGUGCUGUGCAUGUAUAUGCAAUUGCUUAGAAGUGCAGUUGCGAAUUAACAGUAUCUGCUUUGAGUUUUCUGUGUGCAUAUAAGGAUACUAAGCCACAUCAUUUCCUUGAAAAUCGUUCUGCUUAUCUUCGGGCCAUGGAAAUUAAAUGUCCAUUCAUUUCUGCCUGGCAAUCUGAAAUCAUAAUUUGGACAAAAAUAAACACAAUAUAUCAUUUCAGAGUACUUCAUGCUUUCUCCACCGAUUUGUUUCCCACAGAAAAGCAGGCUUUCCUCUCGGUUUGUUGAGUCAUGGUUUCAACUUGUAGACUGACUAUGUAGUUCUGCUUGUAAGCCUCAUUGAGUUCAAUGGGACUUACUCACAGGAAAGUGUAAAUAAGAUGCACCCUGUGUUGAUAUGGAUGCUCCAUGAGUUAACAGCCAGGGUUAUUUUAUACCAGGGACAGACAGAUCUAUUUCAUAGGUAGGCAAACUAAGGCCCGGGGGCUGGAUCCGGCCCAAUCGCCUUCCAAAUCCAGCCCGCGGACGGUCUGGGAAUCAGCGUGUUUUUACAUGAGUAGAAUGUGCCCUUUUAUUUAAAAUGCAUCUCUGGAUUAUUUGUGGGGCAUAGGAAUUCGUUCAUUAUUAUUUUUUCCAAAAAAUAGUCCGGCCCCCUACAAGGUCUGAGGGACAGUGGACCGGCCCCCUGCUGAAAAAGUUUGCUGACCCCUGUUCUGUUUCUUUGGUGAUCCCUCCUAAGAUUGUCUUCCAUGAACAUGGUAUUAACGGUGUGUCCGUAAGUGACUGUGGAGGCCAAUUCUGCGUCCACACGUCCCUCCGCUGUGGGGACAUAGGUUUCUGGGCAGAAGUUGAUCACGAUGUGGGGUUUGCCAAACGUGCCUUCCUUUUGGGUCGUUUCUCCCUGAGUUUCUGCUUCUUCAAAGUCCAUGAUGCCUUUGGUAAAGGCUAUUUUCCAAUUGGAGCGCUCGCAGGGACAGAUAGAGAGAUAUUAAUGGAAACAUAACCGACGUUCUGUUUUCCAGAAAUCUGAUUUGAAAUUUUAAAACCCGGCUUCAAUCAGUUUUAAGUAGGGAUUUGAAUCUGUGUUUCCCUGUUCUUCUAAGCUGACUUCUCUUAACCGUACCAGCUCUCCUACCUCUGAGGAAAGUAAUAAAUUUGCAGGCUGUGAUGUAGACUUCCCUUUUCUCAUUUCUCCCAAGCGCCCAAAUACGUUGUUUUGUGAGGUGGCGAGCAUUUUCUGUUCGAGACAUGCCACUUCCCUCUAUCAUCUGUGGAUGAGGUGCUUUUGGGACUAUGUGGAAUCUACCCACAAACCAGCAUGUAUCAUAUGAACGCAAACUUGGCUACUGGGGUUUUUUUGGGGGGGGUGUAUGUGUUAUUUUUUGGAGGUUUUCUGGAGCUUGAGGCUUUUUCUCCACAUCAAGAUGCGCUUGGUUUGAGAGCACAGUUGUUAUUUAGCAAUUGUGUCUGUUGUGGGACAUCCGGUGUGUCUGUACACGCCUUCCCUUGAUGCUGAACUUGGGAUGGUAAUCAUGAGGUAAUUUGUGAGGUAAUCAUGAGGUAUUAUUUGCCUUCCCUUUCCAAAGGCGAAGGAGUCUCCUCAGGUUCUUCUGGAACCUUCCCGGAGGAAGGCCCUCGGUGGGCACCCCCCCCCCCAGAAACAAUACCCUAUUUCCACAGGAGGAAAACCCUCUGGUUGUUUUUAAGUUGGCAAAACUUGACAAAAGAUCCAGAUGCAGUUGCCCGUAAAUAACAGCCUUCAUUUCACCUGCCCGGCCCCUUGAGGAAACAUUUGCCUUUGCCUACGCCUUAGAAAGUGACGUGUCUGCUAGUCAUAACUCUGUUUUAUGUUUUAGUGCCAAGCAGUGCUGAACCAAACAGUGACCAUCACUCUGGAGACUUUUCUCCUACACUUGUAUGCCUUUUUUUGACUCCGGACUGGGGGCAUCAGCACUAUACAUUUAAAGCAGUAUGAUACCGCUUUUAACAGCCAUGGUUUCCCCCAGACAAUCCUGGGGUGCCGAGAGUUUUGUGGGACACCUUAUUCCCCUCUCAGGGCUACAGUUUCCCCCAGGUCCCUGGAGCGAGGCAUUCAGACACUCUGGGAAUUGUAGCUCAGGUUGAGCUACCCUUCGCAAACUACAGUUCCCAGGUUUCUUUGAGGGAAGCCAUGACUGUUCAAGCAGUGUAAUUGUGCUCUAAAUGUACAGUGCCGAGAAGGCCUCAUAUGCACAUGCUUUUUAUCUCCUGCUCACUUCAGCUGCUCUGGGGUUGCCAGCGCUCCAAAUCUGCUUCAGCGUCUUCUGACGGAGGAGCACAUUUCUGAGGGAGGACUGAGGCCUAUUUCAAAGCUCUCCAAAAGGGGCACUCUGCAAAUUCAGCGCUCGGUACUUUCCCCUCAGUUCCUGUCCCCCAAAGAGCUUGAUUUUUUACUGGAGAGGGAAACGCACUCUGCGCAUGCUCAGAGGGUCUGAGUUAACAGAAGCUGUAACAGUGAAAUGAUAGCAAUCCUAUUGACAAGUACAAAAACGUAAACUGAGGGGGAAGGGCAGGCUUAAACUGGUGGGCUCCUUCCACGAAGGGGAAUCAAAGUUGUAGUAGUAACUUUUGUACAAAAAUAGUGCUUUUGUAGAGGUAUUUCUAUAGCAUCUUCAAGAGCCCUUCUAAUCCCGGGAGACUCCUCCACAACGAGGCAAGCUUAUAAAACUGUAAGACCAAACAAGUGGAAAUGCUUAUUCCUUGAGCAUUACCAGCUGGCUUUGUGUGUGCGUGUGUGAAAACUGUUGUGUGUGUACAUAAAAGCGUCACAAAUGUGCUUAGCUCACAUACAGGGGUAAUUCCAAAUGCCCGUCAUCUAACAGGUGUGUAAAAAGAUAUGCAUGUUUCCUUUUCCUCACUUCCCCACCCCACUGCCCUGGCCCAGCAGUAAAACGGUUCGUGGCAACUUUUUACAGGGUCUGCGUCCUUGCAAGUGUGCUGCGGACCCCUUUAUGCAGUUUGGGUUAAAUUUUUAAAAUAUGCAGGGCGAGCAGACAGGGCACAAGCCAUUCUAGUUUGGGUUUUAAACCUCUCAAGUCCUGCAAAACAGCAGCAGCAGCACACUGUUGCAUCUAUCCAAGGCUGCUGGUAUAGGAAUUGGGGCUUCUUUUUCUGGCUCUGUUCAAAACUGUUUUCACCAGCACCCUUAGGGCGGCAUGCAUAUUUCGGUAGCUUGGAGUAGGCGCCACCAGGCAUCAAAAGACAUGCACCUUCUGCUAAUGUGUACAGAAGCCUGGCCCCCUAGGAAGGAACCUUAUCUCUUCGUUCUGCACAAUAAGGCCCUUAUGUCCCAUGAAUUCGCAGCCUUUCAUUUUGACUGCAGUCCUGUCUGCGCUCAGUAUCUUGAGUUUGCUGCCGGAGGGGUGCAGACUUUUAAAAUGGGGGUGGCGUGGGGAGUGUCUCAAUUACUACUUGGCUAUGAACUUCUGUUGGAUAAAAGGCCAUUCUUUCAACCUGAAAGGGUUUGAGAGCAAAAGGAGACAGGUGGGACUUGCAACAGGUUAUUAUUUAUUUAUUAUAUUUGCAUUAACAGCCCUUCUGCCGCAGAUCUCGGGGCAGUUCACAACAUAAAAAUGCAACAUAAAAGCACAAAGUGCAUGAUUAACAACAACAACAACAGCAACAAGCCCACAAACACAUUUAAAAGGGGAGUGGGAUGGUAUAAGAUAUUAGUCAGUCAAAGGCCCGGUUGAAGAGGAAGGAUAUAUAACGAAGGCACAAGGCGAGCCUCUCUGGGGAGAGCAUUCCACAAAUGGGGAGCCACUGCAGAAAAGACCCUGUUCUUAUGUUGCCACCCUCUGGGCCUCUCGUGGAGGAGGCACUCGAGGAAGGGCCUCAGAUGAUCAUCGCAGGGCCUGGGUUGGUUCAUAUGGGGAGAGGCAGUCCUGGAGGUAUUGUGGUCCUGAGUCACUGAAGGCUUUAGAGGUCCAAACCAGCUCUUUGAAUUGGGUCCGGAAACUAAUGGGCAGCUGCUAAAGCCAAAAUCAGUGCCAUAUGCUCAAACCGCCCCGUCCCAGUGAGCAACCUGACCCUCCCAAACCAGGUUGCUUCUGUGCCCUCAAGUCAUGCCUUCCUCUAGGGUGCUGAGCCGUAAGGAACUGAAGCAGCGCAUUCUGCUUCUUGCAACCGUUUUCUGUUUUAUUUUCCCAACUCAUCGUCAACAUGCCAUAGCUGCCAGAGCAUACUCCAUCUUCAGUGGACUGUGUUAUUGCCUCUGUGUUUUUCUUUUCUGAAAGUUUUUUUUUUUUGCGGUGGGGGGUGCUACUUCAAAUCUCAGAGCUCUCCCGAUCACUCUCCUAUUUUGGCUACAGUCCAGUCGGUACUCCAUAUCUUGUGUUUGCUGUUAGUGUUAAGGAAGUGCAGUUGUGUGUCACAGAGUAUUUCGACAUAUUUCAGACUAAAUAGCAUCUAGUAGUUCCUGUUAUUUGGCGGGGAGAGGUCAGCAGUAAAAGUAUGUGUGCAAAAUUCACCUGUGACGAAGAAGUAGAUUUCCCAAAUGGGGUGUGGGUGGGUGUAAGUGCGCACGUACACACACACACACACACACACACACACACACACGAACUUGCAAAGCACAGUGCUACUCGGUGUGGCUUUGUGUGCAGUGUUUUCCACUUUGUUCCCGCAUUUUUCCUCUUCCUGCUCUUGAAAACUGGCAUGUGUGUGUGGGUGAGGUGACCUUGCAUUUGGACUUGAAAUGUAGAAAUAGUGUCCUGCACGUUGCACACCAAACGUCGUUCCUGUGUUGCAGUAUUCAGUGGAGAUGCCAUCCUUCUAACAGAGACAUUUUAAGCCAAAGGCAUCACUUUGCUUACAUGGUGAAAAUGGACCAUUGUUGUUGUUGUUUAGUCAUUUAAUCGUGCCCGACUCUUCGUGACCCCCUGGACCAGAGCGCGCCAGGCACUUCUGUCUUCCACUGCCUCCCGCAGUUUGGUCAAACUCAUGCUGGUCGCUUCGAGAACACUGUCCAGCCAUCUCGUCCUCUGUCGUCCCCUUCUCCUUGUGCCCUCCAUCUUUCCCAACAUCAGGGUCUUUUCCAGGGAGUCUUCUCUUCUCAUGAGGUGGCCAAAGUAUUGGAGCGUUGAACCUGGGACUUUUUGCAUGUAGGACAGAUGGAUGCUCUUCCACUGUGCUAGCCCUUCCCCAGGUUCUCCAAUGAUGCCAUACAGCGGCCACAUUCACACAUUCUUUUAAAGCACUAUGAUACCACUUGUGGCUUCCCCCGGAGGAUUCUGGGAGCUGUAGUUCGUUAAAGGGUCUGAGAGUUGAUAGGAAACCCCCCCCCCUCUCAGAGGUACAGUUCCCAGAGUGGUUUAACUAUUGGGUCCCUCUUAACUCUGGGAAUUGUAGCUCUGGGAGGGGCCUCCUGACACCUCUCCGCACCUUUGACAAACUAUAGAUCUCAGGGUUCUUUGGAGGCAAAGUAUGGUGUGAGAGUGGCCUUAGUGAGGCCCAAGCAGACCAGUUCCUGAUUAGUUUAUUCUAACCCAUCUUGUUCCUUCACAACAAUGGAGGGAAAGACUUGCAUGAUGAAACUAAUGGCACCUCUUUACUAGACUUGUGUGCCUCUUAAGAUGGGCAGAGACGCUGCUUUGCUUGUAAUUAAGUUAAAACUUUGAACCAUGUGCAUCAUUCGCCUUCCUCCUCUCAUGUUGCAGAGAGCAUCUUUUAAUCACAUACAUGCACCCUCCUAUAAAUACUCAAAACUAUGACUGAUGAGUUUCCCCUUGCAGAAUUCUAUUUGCUGUCUCUCUUCCCCCCCCCCCCCGCAGUGCUGUGAGCUCACUCACAAACCCUCCCCCCCCCCCCCCGCCCCCAGAUAGGUCUGAAAAUAAUAUUUCCCCUCUUUGCUCCCAUCCCCCACCCAUUUCUUUCUCCCUCUCCUUCCCUCCCUUGUCUGCCCAAGAGCCAGAACUCAUCAUUAGCAUGAGAAAAGCCGUCUGCAAGCCAUGCCCCUGAGGAGGCGACUGCAGCAAGGACGGGGUUAACCCUCUCCUGCCCCUGCUGAGUUGAGGCUUGCUCACCCUGGGGAGAGUGCUGGUGGGGGGUGGCUUUGGGGAGGAUUUUUAUUUUAGAAGCCCGGUUGGCACCCACAGGGUGAUUCUGCCCCUCUCUGCCCUUGCCCACACCUCAACAUCCCCACACCCUUGUGUUUCUUGAAUCCGCUGUCUCCUGCUUGUUGACUCACCCUUGCCCCCAUGAGCUACGAUAUCUUGGCAGGCUUCCUUACGUAUCUAACUCUCCUAUGCACAAGAGUCUCAGUAUGCCAGAACAUGGCUGGCGUGUUGUGCUGUGUAGCUUUGUGCACGAAAUUUAACGAGAGAGAGCUUCGUCUUCUGUGUCCCUCUUGCUACCCAGAGGUUUUUUGGAUAUGCAGGUGCCUUGGAUAAACGUGCCGGGAACCUCCUUUAAAGCACAUUUGGAGCACUAAUUUAGCAGUCAUGGCUUCCCUCUCCCCACAAAGAAUCCCGGGAACUGUAGUUCACCCCUCACACAGCACACUUAACAAACUACAGCUCCCAGGUUCCUUUUUUUGGCGGGGAAUACAUUGAAUGUACAGUGGUGCCUUGGGUUGCAUACGCUUCAGGUUACAGACUCUGCUAACCCAGGAAUGGUACCCUGGGUUAAAAACUUUGCUUCAGGAUGAGAACAGAAAUCGGGCUCCGGUGGCGCAGUGGCAGCAGGAGGCCCCAUUAGCUAAAGUGGUGAUUCAGAUUAAGAACAGUUUCAGGUUAAGAAUGGACCUCCGGAACGAAUUACGUUCUUAACCCGAGGUAACACUGUAUUCUGUAGAUGUGGCUUCGGUGAUUUUUAACCUGCGCAUAGGAAUGGCGGCAUUGACUUUCCUGGUUUUCUGAACCUUACUUUGGGGGUGUGGCAGGGGGGAGGACACAUCUGGGACGUUUUGCAAGUAUAGCUAGGGCUGCCAUAUGUCUGGAAUUUUUGGGGGGCAUUACCGGGAUUUCAAAGGCAGAAUUUUUGUCCAGGGGGAAUUUCCGCUUUGUCAAACGAAAAAAAUAGCUCAACAAUUUUCGGGGUUUCCUAGAAAAACUCAGCAACUGUCAGGGUCUCCUGGUUUUUACUUUUUGAAAUAGGGCAGCCCUAGGUAAGGCAGAUCUUCCUCUGCCACUGAACUGCAGCCCUUAUUCAGGUUUGGGGAGAGUCUUCACCUGUUGGUGUCCAUUCUUCAGAUGUUGCAGCUGCUGUUGUUGCAGAGGAGACCUCCAAUUCACUCUGUACACGCCUGAGAGCACCCUCUCUAUUUGUUCACAUAGCCUCAAUAUGUCAGGACUUCCAGGACAGGUGCCUGUUGAUGAGUUCAGGCUGGGAUCCAACCCAGUCAGCCUUGUUCCAGCCCAUCUCUUUGUUAGGCUGGGAGACAGACAAAUGAGUUGUGUCAAUUUUGUCCCAGGAGCCAAGCCGGCAGCGUCCGGCUCCCUAUUGCUAUGGCAACUGGAGGCUUUCUCGUUCGCCUUCUCCUUCCAUACUUCUCUGUGAGGCAGAGACAAGCUCUUUUCUUCUUCUAGUAGACCUACAGGGGAUCUGAACACCCUGUGAGGUCUUCAGGGGUGGACCCUGUUUUGGAUGAAGGAUACAAGAUGCAAGUAUCAUCAUCAUCAUCAUCAUCAUCAUUAUUACAGUUCUAUCCCACCUUUCAUAUAAGGAGCUCAAGGUGGCAUUUAUGCCUCCCUCUUCAUUUUAACUUCACAACAACCGUGCCAGGUAGGCUAGGCAAUUCCAGAGCUAUUACCCCCAGAAUGUGUGUGUUUUUACAUUCAAGGCAUUAGUGGAUGCUGAAGAAAGCCCCAAGCCAAUUCUUGACACAGAUAUGAUGCUGUUGAUUGAUUCACCUUGCUUCCUUCUCUCUCUCCCUCCCUCUCCCCCCACUUAUUUUUACUUUUUGUGCUGUGCUAAGUGAUUGUGUAGCCUCCACAGAAUUGGGCGAAGUACCAAGCUACACAUAAAUUUGCUGCGUAUGAAGGAACCCCGCAAUUUCCAGGAAGGAUUAUUAUCUCCAGGUGGUUUUUGGGGGGCUCCAACUUCCAUCAGCCCCAGCCACCAUGGUAAACGGUCAGGAAUGAUGGGAGCUGUAGUCCACUAUUUAUCUGGAGGGGCAGCCCUGGUUGGCUUAUCCUUGAUUGGCCCAUCCCUGAUCAAGGGUAGUUGUUGCAGGUUAGCAAUCUUGGGAAGAAGUUGGGAAAGUGGGGUUCGGGGGUUGCUAUGCUUGCUGACCCAUCUGUAAGCCAGGCAGUGUACAGAGGUUUUCUGUUGUUCUAGGUUUCGUAAUUCCCUGAACAGGCCCUUCUCCCACAUAUGGAAAAAUGUGUGAGCUCACUGGGAUGUGUUUGCUAGGGGGUCCUUAGCCAACCCAUCCAUUGAUCCUCGAUUUGAACCUCCUCCAUUGAUCCAUUGAACCUCCUCCAUUGCUUGAGAUUUUGGGCCAAUACACUUGACGUCUUUGCUUGCUUUCCUUUGCUCUGUUCUUUGCUUAUUUAGCAUGCUUUGGCCUUGCUAGGAACCAGACUGCCAUUGGCUUUCCUCUUUCUUCCAGCUGUGAUCAGGGGGGAUAUGUGGUGUCAAGCCUGGACUUGAAUGUAAACUGGCAUCCCAAAAGAUGUGGGGGAGCCCCCCCCCCCGGCCUGUGUAUAGUGGUACCUCGGGUUAAGAACUUAAUUUGUUCUGGAGGUCCAUUUUUAACCUGAAACUGUUCUUAACCUGAGGUACGACUUUAGCUAAAGGGCCUCCUGCUGCCGCUGCGCUACUGCCUCAUGAUUUCUGUUCUCAUCCUGAAGCAAAGUUCUUAACCCGAGGUACUGUUUCUGGGUUAGCAGAGUCUGUAACCUGAAGCGUCUGUAACUGAAGCAUCUGUAACCCAAGGUACCACUGUAUUCAGUUCUUUCUGGUGCAGAGGUUCAGAUUAUUUGUGCUCCACAGGGCCGUCUUAUCCAUAGGUGCUAGGGGUGUGGGGCACCCGGGCGCCUGGGUCUCAGGGGCACCAGGCCGAGAAUCCGGGGCCGAGAUUUGGAGUCUGGGGAUUGGGAAGAGCUGACAGCCAGUUCUGAUUGGAGCAGAGCCCAUCGAAGCGCCACAGCUCUUCUACUGCGGGCAAGUGAGGGGCUGAGGCAGCCAGCCGGCUCCGCCCUCCUGCGCGCCUGGGAUUGUCAGGCCGCCGAGAGGCCCGCCCAGCGCACGCUGCUCACACGAGGCAUUCAGCCUUGGGCUUGACCGUUGUUGCGCUGGGCUCUGCUUGCCCCCACCCCCAGUUGCCCAGGCCCGGCCUUGCUCUGCUGCCGCUACCACCUCGGGCUCCUCUGCUGCUGCUGAAUUGGCUGGCCAGGCCAGCUCUGCCAUGCACGCCUCACUGGCUCGCCCUAAAAAAAGUCAACAACUUUAGGGUCCCCCCCCCCAAAGGAAAGUCAACAACUCUGGGCAACCUGGGGGAGGGGCGCUGGGCGGAUCUUUGCACCCCGGCGCCACAUAUUCUUAAGACGGCCCUGGUGCUCUAUCUGGAGUGACCAGUUUGGCAUGCCUGUAUGUAUAUUCUUCAGUUUAAACAAGACCAGAGGCAUCUCUUUCCUCUGUCUACCCCAUUACCAACAGACCUUAAUGAAACUUGUGCUUAUUCCUCCUUCACUGGGCUUCCCCUCAACUCUUCCCCUUCGCCACUGUUUUGCUUUUUCCACAAACCAAGCUUAAUCCCAGCUCAGGCCAUGGCUUUCUCUCAACUGCAGAUAACAUUCCUGAGCCAGUCUUCCAUUUCUGUUUGAUGGGCUCUGAGAUAUAAACAGAGGUGCGGCUCCAGUUGUCAGGCCUGACAAGAAGCAAGAGGGGAGGCUUUGGCUGAGUCCUGGAGCGACUGUGUUCUGGCUGUGACUACAGAAGCCAGGCUUUUCCAGUAGAGACAAGGAGUGGUUUCAAGACUUCUGGAUAACCAGACCACAGUGUCAUCCUAAUUUAUGGGGAAUUUGUCUCUGCAUUCCUUGCGGCGGUGCUGUUUGGAAUUGGCUGGCCAUUGGGAAACACCAGAACUCGCCAUGAGUGGCUGGUUAGACAAAAUAUGGGACAUGGCUUUAUCUGAACAUUUAUAGCAUAAUCACUACAGUCAUACCUCGGGUUACAGAUGCUUCAGGUUGUGUUUUUUCGGGUUACGGACCCGCCAAAAUCUGGAAGUACCGGAACAGGUUACUUCCAGGUUUUGGCGGUCGCGUAUGCACAGAAUCGCUAAAUCACGCUUUGCACAUGCGCAGAAGCACCGAAUCACAACCUGCGCGUGCGCAGACGUGGCGCUGUGGGUUGUGAACAUGCCUCCCGCACGGAUCACAUUCGCAACCCAAGCGUCCACUGUAUUGCGUACUUAGAGGAACUGCUAAAACAGUCAAUUGUAAAAGCAUAUGGAGGACUUUUCUGUUGACCAUAACUAGGGGUGGAAUCCUGAUACGUCCACCACUGACUCAGAUUUUUUAUGGAGAGGUUAUAUGCAGGCACUGCCCUUUUUAAUUUUCCACUGAAAUACUGCAAGGGCACAAAUGACACAAUUAUUUUCGAUAUAAAUUUCUUUUUUGUAUGAGACUGAUAUGUUGAUUUUAUGUAGCCCAAAGACUCUUGUUUAGUUAACAUGUUUUCCCUGCCCUUAAACAAAAAACCAUCUGCAUCUGCCCUAGUUUAGGAAUCAGGACUUGACUCUCACACUUCUACACAGCAAGCUGGCUUGCAAGGUUGAAAAAGUCCACAAAGCAGAGAGAGCUUGGGGGGUGGGCUCCAAAUAUCCCACUUCCUCAUAUCACUUGCACUUUUACAGAUGCUUUAUGCAGCAAAACAAAACCUUAAAAAGCAUAAAACUGCCAUUAGUGGGUCAGGUGCAAGUAAUCUUCAGCCCAGGUCAGGUGCAACUAAUCUUUAAGAUGGGAGAGCAUGUUUUGAGCUGAGCAGGGGCCGAAAAGCCAGGAGCAUUGGCCCUCGCUGCUAGUUCAGCAGAGGCUCUUCUGAUUCCCUUCUCCAGCAAUGGGGGUCCUGUAAGAAUCCUCCCUCUAUGUACCUGGGCUGCAUAUUCGUAUGCAUGAGCAAAUGCAGAUAGGGAUGGAGGCCUCUGUUUCUGUUUAUGCUGGAGAAGAGGGGCUUACAGAGCCCUGUGUGCUUGUGUAGGAGAAAGUUGCUAUGGUGCAUGGAAAGGAAUGGGAAAGUCAUCCGAGGGCCCAUCUGCUCAGUUCCUGUGAACUGGAUUGCCGGCUCUACCAUUAGGCAGAGUGGAGUGGCCGCUUGACACUGCGGGGGAUGGGGAGAAGAGCAGCAAGAUGUGUAAGGACAGAGCGGUUUGUGUCGCAUGGCCUGCCCUGUACCUGCUAAGCUGGCCUCUUGCCUUCAGGUGCCAUGGAGGCUGCUAUCCUAUCACCAGUCUUGGAAGUAAGAUUCAGUCUGAGCUUCCUUUCACCUAGGUCCAGUUUGAGAUGAUGAGGCCAUUGAGAGGUUUGUGGAAGGUUCUGUGCUUGGAGGCCUUCUUGCCUGGAACUGAACUCUCCUCUCCUGAAAUGCCAUUGCCAUUAUCCUUUUGUACUGAGAUGCUAAGGAAUGGUUGAAAAUGGACCUCUCCACACCCCUUCCCAGUUAUCUCUGUGUUUAUGCAGCCAGCGGCUCCUCCCUGUGCAAAGUGUGUGGGUACAACAGGAGGUGAAAUGACUGCUUUGCAAUUUAUUGAGUCCCUACACAGCAGAUGACUUAGCUGAUGGGGCAACUGGGCUUCCUAUUCCUGUAUUCUAUUCUCAGUACGUUUCCGAGCACAAUUUAAAGUGUUGGUGCUGACCUUUAAAGCCCUAAACGGCCUCGGUCCAGUAUACCUGAAGGAGCGUCUCCACCCCCAUCGUUCUGCCCGGACACUGAGGUCCAGCACCGAGGGCCUUCUGGCGGUUCCCUCACUGCGAGAGGCCAAGUUACAGGGAACCAGGCAGAGGGCCUUCUCGGUAGUGGCGCCCUCCCUGUGGAACGCCCUCCCAUCAGAUGUCAAAGCGAUAAACAACUACCUGACAUUCAGAAGACAUCUUAAGGCAGCCCUGUUCAGGGAAGUUUUUAAUGUGUGAUUUUAGUGUAUUUUUGGUUUCUGUGGAAGCCGCCCAGAGUGGCUGGGGAAACCCAGCCAGAUGGGCGGGGUACAAAUAAAUUAUUAUUAUUAUUAUUAUUAUUAUUAUUAUUAUCAGUAGAGGUUAUUGUGUUCCGAGUUCCUUGCUGGAAAAGGUGGAAAUGCUGCUGCUUCAUUCCUCCUAAGCUUUGCUCCUGCUUGCCCACAACUUUCAGACUUUGCCGGGUGGAAGAGGGAUGGGGUGGUUGAAAGAGCAGAAUACAAAGGACAGAGAAGGAGCUGGCUGCUCGAUAGCGAGAGCUGAAAAGAUGAGCUGUGAAGCGCUGUCUCUGCUUGUCGAAAUCUCCCCGUGGACUCAGCAUUGCCUUGGGCCCAGUGGGAUUAGGAGAAGAGUAAUCUUAAUGGACGUGGAUGAGCUAAGCUUCCUUUCCAUUCCACACACUCCCUGCACUGAGCUAAUGCUUGUUCCUCUUGGAGACUUGCUUGGGCUUCCAUAUUGGUGCCAAACCAAUGGACAGUGGUGCGAGCCAACACAACUGGUGCCAGUUGUAGAGGCGACUGUGAAUUGGCAUGGUUCGAUAUUUGGCACUGACAUAAGACCUGAACCCUGUUUACAUCAGGAUGGUGGUUAUUAUUUACCCCUAAAGUUACCAGAGGGGAGGCGGGUGGUGCUGUGGGUUAAACCACAGAGCCUAGGACUUGCCGAUCAGAAGGUCGGCGGUUCGAAUCCCCGCGACGGGGUGAGCUCCCGUUGCUCUGUCCCUGCUCCUGCCAACCUAGCAGUUCGAAAGCAUGUCAAAGUGCAAGUAGAUAAAUAGGCACCGCUCUGGCAGGAAGGUAAACGGCAUUUCUGUGCGCUGCUCUGGUUCGCCAGAAGUGGCUUAGUCCUGCUGGCCACAUGACCCGGAAGCUGUAUGCUGGCUCCCUCGGCCAAUAAAGCGAGAUGAGCGCCACAACCCCAGAGUCGGCCACGACUGGACCUAAUGGUCAGGGGUCCCUUUACCUUUAAAGUUACCAGGGCAGCUUACAACAAUUAAAGCAAAAUGUUAAAACAGCCCAAAACAACUCGCAACCACAGAAGCGAUGCGGGUCCCAGAAAUAUACACCUCACUUGUUAAAAGUCAGGAUGAAGAGGUGUGUCGUCAGCAUUCAGCCCAAAGCUGUGUAAAGAAGGCAUCAGGUACACUUCAGUGAGGAAGGAGUUCCACAAGGUCUGGGCUGCCACAAACAAUGCCCCUAUCCUGGGCAACCAUCACUCCAAACCACUUGACCAAUUGUGGCACCCAAGGGGGUCUUUAGGGAGGGAGGCAUUCUUUUAAGUACAGUGGUGCCUCGCAAGACGAAAAGAAUCCGUUCUGGGAGUCUCUUCGUCUAGCGGUUUUUUCGUCUUGCGAAGCAAGCCCAUUGAUGGGAUUAGCGGAUUAGCGCUAUUAGCGGCUUUUAGCGGCUUUUAGCGGCUUUUAGCAGCUUAUCAGCUUAUCGGAUAAGCAGAUAAGCGGCUUAGCGACUUAGCAAAAGAGGGGCGAAAGGAAAAAAAAGAACUCGCAAGACAUUUUCGUCUUGCGAAGCAAGCCCAUAGCAGAUUCGUUUUGCGAGGCACCUCCAAAACGGAAAACUCUUUCGUCUAGCGAGUUUUCCGUCUUGCGAGACAUUCGUCUUGCGGGGCACCACUGUAUUUGGUGCCUGAGUCAUUUAGGGCUUUAAACACCAGCAUGUUAUUACGGCAUGGUGAUUAUUAAUUAAAUUUAUAUUCUUCCCUCCUGAAAGGGCCCAGGGCAGCAAACAACUAGUAAUGAAGCAUCUUAAAAACCAUUCUGGUGCAGAUGCAGACAGGGAAGGGCCUCAACUUAAAAGGCUUGUUGUUGAAAGGGGAAAGUCUUCGGGAGGCACCCAAAAGACAACAGAGGAAAACUUGUUUUAAUAUUCAAGUUCAUGAAUGGGAGUCCACUUGGAGGCUUGCAAAAGCAGAAAUGAUGAACCACUGCACAGCCCUUUGGCUGAACAUAGGGAAGUAUGGGAGGCCCUGCCACCGUGACCCUACUUUAUUUUCUUCCCUUUCAUGUGCUAAGUACAGUGGUACCUUGGGUUAAGUACUUAAUUCGUUCCAGAGGUCCGUUCUUAACCUGAAACUGUUCUUAACCUGAAGCACCACUUUAGCUAAUGGGGCUUCCUGCUGCCACCGCGCUGCCGAAGCACGAUUUCUGUUCUCAUCCUGAAGCAAAGUUCUUAACCCGAGGUACUAUUUCUGGGUUAGCGGAGUCUGUAACCUGCAGAGUAUGUAACCUGAUGCGUAUGUAACCCGAGGUACCACUGUAUACUCUGUUUGUGAUCUGAACGAGGUGUUAGCGGUGGUUCAGGAGUAUUGCUAUACGUUUUCAAAAGCCUAAAGAAGGUGUUUCGGAUUGUGUUCUCAGAAAGUUGCCCCACACAAGAGCCUCACUCCUUAAAGUAUGCGGACUGCGGCUGAAGUUGCAAAGCAAACAAGGAAACUUAUUCUCAUUCUCUCUGUAUUUGUAACUCCGUAAAGAUGGGGCACAUAGCUAAAGGUUUGGGGUGGCGGACCUGUGACCCUUCAGGUGUUGUUGGGCUACAGGUCCCACCCUCCUUGGCCGAACGGAUGCCUCUGUUCUCUUUGCAACAGUACACCAGCUUAUCAUCUUUUAAAUCUGAAAAAGGCAUUUAAUAAAGCAAAACGGCCUCAGGUUUUCCAGAAACGGCAGCUUGUUCGUGCUCCGUGCGAUUUGCAGAAAGAUUGACUCGAGCGUUCUGGAGGCGUGACCUUGCGAAGCCUCUUUUCUUCCUCUGAUCUGAUCGGUUUCCUCUGCUCUUUUCCAGGGGGUCUGGGUGGAUGGGUAGGAGGACUGGAGGUGCUGAGGGAGGCGGGGAGACAGAGAGGCACAAGCUUGAGAGCUCUCUGCACGUUCCUUCCCAGACCCUGAAGGACGCCUGCCCCCUCAGCCUCUUUCUCUCACCUGCCUAGUUCUUUGGGUUGUCAUUUAAGAUCUGCCUUGGCUGCUCCUUGCUUGGGUUGUUUACCAUUUUUCCCCUGGACGUGGGGCUUGAUAGCUGGGAGGUUGUUCCGUGCUCCCGCCCUCUAAAAUACCCUCCCUGCAGCUUGCUCCAUUUAACCGCUUUGUUUGCAUGCAGCUGAACAUCAAACAGCACUUUAGGCUCUGCCCUUGGCUCCCUCCCUCCCUCCCUCCCUGCCCCCAGCUCCAGAUUUCUCCUGUAUAUGUCUCCUGUUGUUUGUACACACGUGCACGCAAAGUCUUUCUUUAUUUCAGCCUGCAACGGUAGUGGUGGUAGGGUGACCUAGUUAAUUCUCCCAGAUAAUUUGCAUGUAUAUUAAGAUAUGUAAAAAUCCAUCCCCUCAAGGGACGCUUGGUCUGUGGCUAAGCCGUAUUGAUCGUCUCUUGACGCCCGUGUUCUUCUUCUCAGCAGCAUCUAGCCCGGUUUCUCUCCCGUAAGCAAAAGGCCUAGUGAGCUGUUUCCCCGGCAGAAUGACCUUGCAAAUUUCAGGGGUCCGAGCUUUGAGGACCGUGGUUGCGCUCCUACUCGCGCUGACCUUUGGGGUGAUAAAUCUGCAGCUCUUGUGUGGAUGCAAAUUGAUUAAACCUGUGGUCUGCAAGGCCUUCCCCCGCGAAGGGGAUUUGUGGCUGAAGAAAUAUUUCUUAAUCCACAGACAAAAGCUGGAAGAGAGAGGGAAGAUGGAGCUGGAGCAGGAAUGAGAUGGGGAGCAAUCUGAAAAGGAAGGGGAGGUGGAGGUGGAAUUAGGCCAUUCCCUUCAAAUUUUGUUGUUGUUGUUGGACUCCAUCUCCCAUCAUCCCUGACCAUUGGCCAUGCUGGCUGGGGCUGUUGGGAAUUGGAGUCCAGCAACAUCUGGAGGAUGACAGGUUGGGAGGUUGGUGUAGAGAGGUAGGAAAUACACAGGUAACAGGAUGAAUGUGAGGUAAUGUACCUUCAUUUACUGAAGUUUAGCGGUCACCAAGCUGGUUCCCAUUGACAUCUUGGCACCUGUGAAGGCUUUUGGUACUUAGCAAGCCUUGGGUUAGAAGAAGAAGAAGAAGGAUGUGAGGGCGAUCUGGCUGCGACAUCUGUCACCCCAUUGAUCGCCAGGGUUGAUUCGGCUGAUCUGGCUGGCUAGGCGGGUGUCCCCUUCCUCCCUCACCGCUCCAUGUGCGUCCCUCCCGAAGCUGCGCACUCGGUGGAAGAGGACGACCAUCCCAGAUAGAAGGAGUGUACCGUUCUUCGGUCAAGGGUAUACGAUAGCUGCGCUCCCCUGCUAGAACCUCCAAACAAGCUCAAGGUCCAUUUGUAGGAGAACGUAGGGUAGUCAAGCUUCCAAGACUCCAGACACAUCCAAGUAAGGCGCUGCAUGUGGCAGUUUGCCAUUCAAAAAAAAAAAAAGAAGAAGAAGAAGAAGAAGAAGAAGAGUUUGGAUUUGAUAUCCCACCUUUCACUCCCUUUAAGGAGUCUCAAAGCGGCUAACAUUCUCCUUUCCCUUCCUCCCCCACAACAAACACUCUGUGAGGUGAGUGGGGCUGAGAGACUUCAAAGAAGUGUGACUGGCCCAAGGUCACCCAGCAGCUGCAUGUGGAGGAGCGGAGACACGAACCCGGUUCCCCAGAUUACAAGACUACUGCUCUUAACCACUACACCAUACUGGCUCUGAAGCCUUGCCUUCAGAGUUUAGUGCAACGAAACCCAAAGCCCCACGCUGUUCCUUCGCAGUGAGAGGGCCAACACCGCUGCUUAUGUUCGGAGCAGCAGGAACCUUGUCUUGGCAGCACCUGCCAAGUUGGGGGGGGUCCUUUUCUCCUUUCUGGCAGAAGUGACAGCUGCCUCUGUCUUGGCAGGCAUGUGUUGAAGCUGAAGGGGCUGGCAUAUUUGCCCUUCAUGCAUGUGUUAGCAGUUCCCUUCUGCAGAAGACGACUCUUUCAGAUGCAGUAGCUUGCUGGGUGAGAACAUUUGGCUUGGACACUUACUGCCAUCAGGGGUAGUGGACCUUCUCAGGCAUGAAGUCCUUGAGGGAGAUCAGGCUGAAAUUAACAUAAAGACCUUUUCUGGCUCUGUAUAUGCUCUACAACAGGAGUGUCCAAACUUUUCAAAGAGGGCCAGAUUUGAUGAAGUGAACAUACGUGAUGGCCUUCCAAAGGGCCGACCGAAAUAGUUGAGCUUUUUUUAGGAUUUUACCUCAGGAAAUAAACUGCCACAGGGGCUGGAUUAAACCGACUGGCGGGCCGGAUUAGGCCCCCGAAACGGAUUUUGGACAUGCCUGCCCUACAACAACUCUUGGAAUUUCCCUCUGCCUUUUCCUUUUCACCUUUCGGUGCAAGUCUUUGGUGCUUCAGCUAGCACGCCAGAGUAGAUCAGCGUUGUCAGGCUGCUGUCUUCCACCCCCGGGACGUCUUCUGCGAUUAGGACGCUGUUCUUAGAUAACUCAGAAUUGUGAUUCAUUUGAAUUGUAGCUUCACACCCUGCUUCUUUUUCCUUCCCCAGCUUCUGGGCAAAGAAAUGUAUGGCAGUGAUAGAGAAGAGCUGGCUCCAUUUUCGACAUUUACGUACCACAUCCGCUUUCCUUAAAGCUGGGGAAAUGGCUAGCGUUGGUAAAAGUGUUGUGUUCUAAUCUAAGUGGUAUGGUGAGCUGGUAGUUUCAUCAAACUUGUUCUCUUUUAUUCCCAAAUGAAAAUGGAUAGGGGAGCCCAUCUGUCAAAAUCCCUUGUGUAGUUUUCCAAGUCUCACCCCCCUCUCCUCUGUUUCAAGUCCUCAUUCUUGGGGAUUUAAAAGGGCAGUGCAGGUUUUAAGAGAGCCCUCUGGAGGCUGAAAUGGGAGUGCAGGGGCUGCCUCAAAGCGCUUUGCAAAAGUGCAAUUUGAAGCAGCUUGCUUUUCUCCUUUAAGUGAGUUGGCAUGCCGGCUGCUGCCACUGCACACUUAAAGGAGAAGUGUCAGCUGCUUCAAAUAGCACUUUUGCAAAGGGCUUUAAUCCCUGCCCCUCCUACUGGGAACAGGGUUUGCAACCAAUACAGGAUUAAACCCUCUCCUUCCACCAGUGAUGUCAGCUGAUGGGCAAGUGGACAUGGUUUGGGGAAAAUGGUCUUACAGGCCAAAUUGGACUCUGUGACAGGCCAGAAAUGGCUCAGGGAGCAGAGAUUCCCCACUGCUGAUUUACACCAAUUGGAGACAAAAUUGUUGAAAACAGUUUCCACCUGGGAGAGAUGGGUUUAUAUUUUUCUAUUGCUUUAAAGGACACUGAAGCUUUGUGGUCAUUCUGCAGAAAGAGUGAUUCACUACAGGAAUUCCUGGCUGUUGUUGUUUUAAAGAAUUAUAAACUAUUUAAAGCAAUAACGAUCUUGUGAGUUUGACGACCUUACAGUGUUUCGCACAGCCACUUAAUGCGAUACCCCACGUCUGCGCUGCACGGCAUGUAGAAAAAUGCUGAAUAAUUUGGGUUUUUGUGAAAAAAACGACAACACUUUCCUACCUUGCCUUUUUGUCAUGCUGAGGUAUGGAGUCGAGACAGGGAGGAGGAGCUGCGUCCUGCUGUCAAGCGGUGAAUUGGCAAAGGAUUUUUGGAGACUGGGUGUAGAGCAGAACUAAAAACAAGUCAGGCAGCGCUUGGGUUUUGACAGCCUCCCACCGUUGUUGUUGUUUUGUUCCACCCAUCUAUUCUUUGUCUCUCUUUUUUCCAGUAGCUAUGAUCUUGACUUGUGCUAAAGCAGGACUCCUGUUUCCUAGCUCAGUCUCUGGACUUAGUCUGUCCCCGGCGUGCUUGAACUCUUGAUCCUGAACCAAGUUGCAGCCCUGUCUUCGCACCGGCCGUUCGUCUCCAUCCUGCCCCGGGACACGAAGCGAGCCGCUCGCUGUCCGCUUGCCCGACGCUUGCGACUCCGUCAGGCUGCUGCCCUCAUUCGCCACCCUCCGCCGCGCUCCCGUGGCAGCUGCCACAUGCUGGCUUUGGGUGGGCGGUGGGGGCAGCAGCACCAAGGCGGCUGACUGCUGCUUUGCCGAGGCGCUGCGGAACCCAGCUGGAAGUGGCUUGUUCACUUUGCAGCCAUGGCUCCUGUCCUCUCCAGUCAGCUCAGGAAGAUCUGACUCCUCUGGGGAGGGGGAGAUGCAGGCUUGAUGCUUCGUGUUCCUGGGCAUCUCCGCGCAGUCUUGGAUGUGUCUGCUUGUCCUAGACUUGUGGGAACACUUAAGAUUUUUUUGGGGGGGGGGCAGCAUUGUGCUUAGAGUGGGCGCUAUUGGCCCACCAUUUAUUCAUUUUCACUUGACUCAUUGUUUUGCCGUGCAAAACAAAUUGAUCAGAAUCGUUAAGUUUAAAUAGGGUUGCAUUUUAAUUUUUUAGUAAGGUUUAUAGAGAAAAAUAGGGGGAUGUGGGUGGCGCUGUGGGUAAAAGCCUCAGCGCCUAGGGCUUGCCAAUCGAAAGGUCGGCAGUUCGAAUCCCCGCGGCGGGGUGCGCUCCCAUUGCUCAGUCCCAGCGCCUGCCAACCUAGCAGUUCGAAAGCACCCCCGGGUGCAAGUAGAUAAAUAGGGACCGCUUACUGGCGGGGAGGUAAACGGCGUUUCCGUGUGCUGCGCUGGCUCGCCAGAUGCGGCUUUGUCACGCUGGCCACGUGACCCGGAAGUGUCUCCGGGCAGCGCUGGCCCCCGGCCUCUUGAGUGAGAUGGGCGCACAACCCUAGAGUCUGUCAAGACUGGCCCGUACGGGCAGGGGUACCUUUACCUUUUUAUAGAGAAAAAUAAAAAACUUAAUAACUUCCCUUUUUUAAACCAAACCAAGACUUUUAUAUAUAUACACCAUAAAAACACAAAAAAGGUGUGGGGAGAAAAAUAAUAGAAGGAAAGAGAAAGAAAGAAUAGAAAAGAGGGGUGUUAUAUUAAAUUGGACGAAGUGAAUAUUGUUUUUAUACAGCGGACAGAUGAAGAAUUGGAAGUUCUUUACUUUCUGAAUCUUAUUUUUCUAUCUUUCAAGUUUAAAUGGGUUUGCACAUCACCGAUAUAUUCGCCUUUUCUGGACACAAUGAGGAAACAAUUGAGAUAAAACCCUGCUGUUCGUUCUAGGAGAGAGAUAAGCUUUAACAUUUCCUCAGUUCUCUUUAUCGUUCCUUAUUACAAUAGCACGACAUAUGAAAUGUCAUCAAAAGAUAAAUGAAUGUUCUCAUUAGGAAAGACCAUAGCGCAGUGGCAGAACAAUAUACAGUGGUACCUUGGUUGUCAAGCUUAAACCAUUCCGGGAGUCUGUUCGACUCCUGAAACUGUUCGAAAACCAAGGCAUGGCUUCCGAUCAGCUUCAGGAGCUUCCUGCACUCAAGUAGAAGCCGCGUUGGAUGUUCAGCUUUUGAAAAAUGUUCGCAAACCGGAACACUUAUUUCCGGGUUUGCGGCGUUCAGGAGCCAAAACAUACGAGUAUCAAGGUGUUCAAGAACCAAGGUAUGACUGUACUUAGCAUGUAAAAUGCCCCAGGUGUAAUCCCUGGGAAGGAAUCCCCAUGGGAAGGCUGGAGAGCUGCUGCCAGUCUGUGUUGACAGUACUGAGUUAGAUGCACCAGUGACCUGACUUGUUAUAAGGCAGCUUCCUCUGUUACACAAACCUGCCUAUUAAAUUUGGCCCCUGCGCAAAUUUUGUGCGGCUGAUACAUUGACAUACUGUGCAGCUCCUAAGGACAUGAGAAAUGUGCGAGAUCAGACUAAAUGUCCGCACAGUCCAGUGGCCGACCAGAUGCCUUCGGGAAGCCCAUAAUAAGCAGUUCAUGAGUAUUCUCCCUGCUUGUGAUUCACUGCAACUGGCAUUCAGAAGAGCAUGAUUUCUGAGGGUAGAGGUAUUGGUCUCGAAUACCUCUAAACAGCCUGAUUAGAUCUUUGAGUUAAGAUAACCAGGGUAGUCUGGUGGGUGAUGCUGGAUUUGUAUUUGGAUUGAGCACCGUGGGGACUUGGGUUUUGCAGAAGAUGCUGUCUCAGUAGGCUCUCUGGGCUCUGAUGAACAGGCAGCUGUUGACCAGAGGCAGAGGACAUUUCAUAGCACAUUGCUGUUCUGUGCAAGUGCAGAACGCAUCUAGAAUUCCACACGCUGAGAAUAUGAGCUAAGUUUGCAAGAUACGCUUGGAAAUGCUGUGUGUGUUGUGCCCUUUCCACACCCACCCCAAUCGCUGGCAGUCUUAUCUGGUUUCUGAGAUUGCAUCAGACGUUAGCUGCAAUACUUUCAAGACCAUCUUUUGUAGCCUUAAGGAUUAAAACCUGAUGCAUUCCUAACAUGAACGUUUGGAUUCUCUGGAAGACGUAUUGUGUACCUAGCAGUGUGUGUGUGUGUGUGUGUGUGUGUGUGUGUGUGUGUUUUGAAUUGCAGAAUAUGCAUUGCCCAGUCUUGUAAGCAACUUCACCUUUUGGGGUGCCCCUGCUACUUCCAGCGUGGCAUGCUGUGGCUUCACCCCACAGGGACAGAUAUUAGGUUAGUCUGCAAGAUGGGAAAGGGAAGACAGAAUCAUAACUCUCACCCCACUUCCAUACGCAUGAUAACAUGCUGUUGAUCUGGAUUCCUGAAAUUGAGGGAAUGUAGCUUGGAGACUCUUGAGAGUCCCAUGGACUGGAGGAAGAUCAAACCUAUCCAUUCUUAGGGAAAUCAGCCCUGAGUGCUCACUGGAAGGACAGAUCCUGAAGCUGAGACUCCAAUACUUUGGCCACCUCAUGAGAAGAGAAGACUCCCUGGAAAAGAUCCUGAUGUUGUGAAAGAUGCAGGGCACAAGGAGAAGGGGACGACAGAGGACGAGAUGGUUGGACAGUGUUCUCAAAGCUACCAGCAUGAGUUUGACCAAACUGCAGGAGGCAGUGGAAGACAGGAGUGCCUGGCGUGCUCUGGUCCAGGGGGUCACGAAGAGUCAGACACGACUAAACAACAACAAAGCUUGGAUAGCUCAGUUGGUUAGAACGUGCCACUGAUGAUGCCAAGGUUGCAGGUUCGAUCCCCGUACGGGACAGCUGCAUAUUCCUGCAUAGCAGGGGGUUGGAUUAGAUGACCCUCAGGGUCCCUUCCAACUCUACAAUUCUAUGAUUUGAAUAGCAAAACUGAGAAAUAUGGGCUGAGAUGCCCAAGUAUAUUAUGUGGUUAAUCCUGCCAAAUUCAUCAAAUGGUUGGUCUCAAAGUUGUUGCAAAGCAAUGUUUGGCCGAUUCAGGGUGUGUGGUGCGCAGUGGGGCAUGGGGAGAAGGGACGAGGCUUGGGAAACUUUGAACAACUUUGAAUGUAGUACUUUUCCUGUAGUUGCAUGGCUUGGGCUGGGCUGGGUGUAUUUCGUACCUUUAAAAUUGGUUUUAAAAAGCCAUAUUGUGCAGCUUGGGUAAACGCAUGCAGAUUUAUGCACAGGUUUCUUCAACAUCUGUCUCUGAACAACUUAUUCCGGUUUGAUUCAACCAGCAAGGAGCAGCGGAAGGCUAUGCAUAGUGCUGAACCCUGGCUUCGUCUUCGGAGAAUCGCAGCACGUGUUGCCGACUCGCAUAAGGCACGAGUUCGAGAAGCUUGCAGGGUUCUCGUCGCUGAAACCUGAACUCUGCGGCCAAUAUCCCCAUUCUCUGCUUCUGCAGAAUUGUGCGAGGCUCACGACCCUGCUCUCUGAACUCCACCGAAAGUAUCUGUGGCUUAAAAUGUAGGACUGUCUAUUUAUAGCUGCUUGCGAAAAGUGCGUUCUUCGAUAUACCCACAUCCUUGAGGGUUGCUUGUUCCCGCAUCUCCCCUUUUUGCCCUCUUUUUAAAACCCACCCAGCCCCAUGCGAAAGCUGAAUUUUUAAUGCUCCUGCCUUACGCUCGAUCUGUUUUCUUAUUAAAUUAGGGGGAACUUCAUUCACGCUCUCCGAAUUGCCCUGACUGCGGCGUGGGGCUACGGACGGGAAUGUCGCUUCCCAUUAGGGGCACAGGCCUGUGCGCUUGGCUCCCUGGGAUAAUUGUCCUAGGGUGGGAUGGGCUUCUUAAAACAAAACACAGCGGAAAAGAAAAGAAAAACCCCUUCAGAAUGUGGAAGCUGCCAGCCGGGAGGAGAGCACGGAGGAGUGGGGGCUUUGUUACCCUGCGACUAUUUUUAUAAAAGCCGAACUGUGGCUUGUCUGUUUCCUUAGCAAAAUCUUUCUUUCAGAGUGGAAUUGUCUGGCGAAACCAGCCCGGAGCUUUCUUCUCUGGCUUUAUACUGGAACACAGAGGAACAUAAUUACGGUCUAUUUUUAAAACUAUCCUUCGAGUAAGGACACAAGGGCUGCCACAUUGGGGCAAAGCUUUGGUCCAUCUUGUCUACCAUUCUGCAUCUGAUUAUGACUUUAUCUAUUUGCCAGCAGAUGCACAUAGUAGUGUUGCGUGGAAUAUUUACCAGGUUUGGCUCGUGUGUGUGUGUGUGUGUGUGUGUGUGUGUGUUGUGUACAGUCACCUAGUUCAGUAUUGCCCAGGGCUGUUGUAGCUGCUGCUUUUUCCUUCUUGAAUCGGUUGUGUGGGCUAUCCUGCUUAAUUGAUGAGUUUGCCACACAUUUCACAAACAAGCUAGCUCAGUCAAUAGAGCACGAGACUCUCAGUUUCAGGGUUGUGGGUUCGAGCCCCAUGUGGGGCAAAAGAUUCCUACAUUGCAGGGGGUUCGGCUAGAUGACCCUUGGGGUCCCUUCUGACUCUAUGAUUCUAAGAUGAUACUUUGGCACUGCUCAUGUGACAGCUUGACCAGAAUUCAUUUUUUUUUAAUUGUGUGGUUCACCACAUCCAGUAAGGUUUGGCUAUAGGGUCAACUUUAAAAUUAAUAGGGAAACACUUUAAAUUUUCUUUUAGCGAGGGGUGCCAGAAAGGAGAUGUCCUUUUUUCAAUACUGCAGAAAAGUUCCCAAAUAAUGACAAAUUUAGGUUCAGCCUUAGUUGCAUCCCACCCCCCAGCCCUUUCCCUCUCUAAGAGGCCUAAGAAUUCCACUUCGAACAUGAGUGCAUUGUGUACCCACCUCAACAAAUCAAAGCUGUCUCUUAAAGAAGUUUGUGUUCCAUGUACAGCAGGGAUUUUUUUACGAUUUGGCACAGCGUGUGACCUCUGGAAGAUCGUUGCUUCGCUUCAGAAACCUAGCCAAGCUUGCAGAGAUGUGAACUGAUAGGCUAGGUGUGUAUUUCAACAUUUUGCAAAAAUGAGGAAUUUGGUUUCGAAAGGUAUAAUUUCAGUGGCCUUGAAAACGUGUUCCCUUUGGGGUAUUUUUGAGGUGUGUGUGUUUGUGUGGAGAGUAGACACAACAUGCCUGCUUGUUACAGAGGCUUUGGUUUCAUGUCACUCCAACAUUAGAAGUGCAGUUGUUGGCGACACAGAACCAGGAGUGCAUUGACAGUAUGGCUUAUGGCACCGAUACCCAAUUUCCAGACCACAACCUCUCUUUAACCCCAAAAUGCUUGGCAACCCAUCUCUCUCUCUCUCUCUCUCUCACACACACACACACCAUGUGUUUGCAUGGCAAUGGUGUUGCUGUUGAUGCCAGGCUUUAAUCAGUGUUAGAAACUCAGAUAUAUAAGCUAGGUGCCAAAUGGCUCCUUAAACCAAGGUUACAGUGGCCGAAACGGAAUGUCUAGUUGCCAUUUUGGGACAAGACAGCUCUAAAGUCUUAUUUUUCAAAUGGUAGAUUAUGAUUGACUGUCAGUUAAGCAUCUGGCUAGUUCAGAUGACAACCUUGAGCUAGUUUAAGAACUUUGGGAACUUAAAGAAGAAAAGUCACUUGAUCCAGGGAUAGUCCACAUAAAUAUUGGCCUUUUCCAGCCUCCUUUUCUUAAAGGCGACUGCUCCUGCUCAGGCUGCACAGGAAAGGCAUUUUGGUUCCAGAAAUUCAUUCCGAUUGUGCAGAUGGAAUAUAACUGAUAGAAUUCUACAGGAUGGGCUAUUAGUGUGUGAAAACAGGCCAGAUCCAAUGAUCCUCCACCAGAUGGUGGAGAUGUCAGGCACCAUCCAUCCUGGCUCCCAGGCAUCUUCACUUGGUUGCAAGUGGUCAAAAGCUAGGUGCAAAAUGCGCCUGGCGCCUGGCUAAUUUUGAACACUUCUCUCUCCCCAUGUGUUUGCAUGGCGGUAGCGCUACUGUCAAUACCAGGUCUGGUUGAACCCCAGUGGCUUAGGUCAGGGAAGUCCAACUUCCAAGAGACUGUGGUCUACUCCCACUAUAAAAACACUGGCAGUGUUCUACCCAUUGGAUUGACCAAAGUUGUUGAGCUUUUUUCUUCUUUUUCGGCGAUCCAUCAGGAUCACGCGAUUGACCGGGAGCACCCAGCGAUCGACCGGUAGAUCGCGAUCAACUGGUUGGACAUCCCUGGCUUAGGUUAUUAUUAUUAUUAUUAUUUCGCUGUGCGGUUACAAUUAUGUUAUUCCGCCAGGCUUUUGGCUUUGACUUUGUUUGUUCCUGGCUCGCUCUCUUCAUUUUCACUUGAGGUUUGCUUUGUGCCGUGUUGUGCUCACUAAUUCAUCCUGUUCUUUAUUGUUUCAUGCUGCAGCGUAUAUAUAAAUUUUGCUACCUUGAAGGGCUGACAAGCAGAGGAGUGGUUCAGAAAUGCUUAUGAAAGCUUUCCCUUUCUAAAAGUCUGCUUAAACCAGGACUCAAACCCAGAAGGAGAGCUUAGGAGGAUGUGAAGGACCCCAGUAGCACCUUGGCUCUGCCUGUGACUUUGGGGCGGGAGUACUUAUUUUGCAUGAAUUAUCCCACUUCAAUGCAGAGUUACUUAUUUGAAUAUUUAACUCAGGGUUUUGGGAUUCAGAUUUGUGUGGCGCAGGUGCUGGAUUAAAAUCUGGACUUAAUUAGGUGAAGACUUUUGGAAGGGCGGCUGCAUAUGAGCACAGCCUGCUUAGGGACCAAGGUGAGGUCAAGGUUUUGGGGUGGCCUGUAAUUUUCCUGUUUGAAGCCAGAAAUGUGUUCAUCGCACAGCAUUCUUAGUAAUAGAAUUGAUCAAGUUGAACCAUUGGAGCCAUUUUGAACCUGCACUGACAGAGGGCCUUUUCCAAAGUUACCUCAGCAGCGUGGAAGUUGCUGAUGAGAGAGUCAGUGUGGUGUGGUGGUUAAGAGUGGUGGACUCGUAAUCUGGUGAACUGGGUUCGAUUCCCCACUCCUCCACAUGCAGCUGCUGGGUGACCUUGGGCUAGUCACACUUCUCUGAAGUCUCUCAGCCCCACUCACCUCACAGAGUGUUUGUUGUGGGGGAGGAAGGGAAAGGAGAAUGUUAGCCGCUUUGAGACUCCUUUGGGUAGUGAUAAAGCAGGGUAUCAAAUCCAAACUCUUCUUCUUCUUCUUCUUCUGAUGUUUCCUUUUAACACGGCUCUGGUGUUUUAGGAACCCCAAAGUACAGUUAAUGGCACAUGUCAGCACCACUUUUCCCCGGAGCUGGUGGAACAAACGCUUCAGGUGACAGAGCCCUUUUUUUGCAGGACAGCAACUACCUCAUUUUUCACAUUUUGGGUUCGGAAAGACCCCUUGUGUCUAACUAUGCCACGCCAGAGCACUGGGGUGUGGCGGUGGUAAGAUUUGAUUUAUGUGUUGAAUUUAUACACCAACCUUCCUCUCCAAAUGUGGCCCAGGGCAGCAAACAACAAGUGAUGAAAGAGUAACAACUUCUUUUUUUAAAAAAAAACCACUUCCAGUCCAGAAUGCAGACUGCGAAAGACCUCAGCUUCUAAGGCUUGUUAAAAGAGGAAGGUUUUGGCAGGUGCUGAAAAGACAACGGAGUCUGUCGAACAUUGAAGGGGAAGGAAUUCCAGAGGGUUGGAAUUCAUUUGACGUGCAAGAACAAACCUCCUGGUAGGAUGGCCUUUGCAGGAGGCCGUCGCCUGCAGAGAGCAGUGAUCGACUGGGCACAUAAAGGGAGAGGCGAUCUUUCAGGUAUCCUGGUCCCAAGCUGCAUAGGUUUUAUUUUAUUUCAUUUAUUGAAUUUAUAUCCCACGCUUUUUCUCCUAGGAGCCCAAAGUGGUAUGUACAUGGUUCUCUCACUUAUUUAAUCCCCACUGCAACCCUGAGAGGCAGUGAUUCGCCCACAGAAACUCUCAUAUAUCAGAUACAGUGGUACGUCAGGUUAAGAACUUAAUUCGUUCUGGAGGUCUGUUCUUAACUUGAAACUGUUCUUAACCUGAGGUACCACUUUAGCUAAUGGGGCCUCGCACCACCACCACGCGAUUUCUGUUCUCAUCCUGAAGCAAAGUUCUUAACCCGAGGUACUUUUUCUGGGUUAGCGGAGUCUGUAAUCUGAAACAUCUGUAACCUGAAGCAUCUGUAACCCGAGGUACCACUGUAUUCAACAAAAGGCACCUUAAAUGUUAUGGCCACCACAGGGGAAUGUCUACGCGCGCGCCCCCGCCCCCCACCUGCAAUUACUAUUAUUAUUGUUGUUGUUGUUUAUAUACUGCUUUAUAUUUUAAAUAAAAAAAUUCAAAACAGUUUGUAACACGUUAAAGCAUCAAAUAAAACAAUCCAUCUUGCUUUCCCUGUAUAUAUUUACUAACUUCACUUAUAUAGCUUCCCCAUAGCAGAAGGACUCUAGGGAGCCAGUGUGGGGUGGUGGUUAGCAUGUCGAGCUCAGACCUGGGAGAUCAGGGUUCAAACCCCCACUCAGUCCUGACGCUCACUGGGUGGUCUUGGAGUCAGUCACAGCCUCUGAAGCUACCUCACAGGGUCGUUGUGGGGGUUAACUGAGGAAGGGGGCCUGAAUCCUGUACUUCCUGGAAAUAAAGGUGGAAUAUAAAUGAGCUCUUCUGCCAGAGGGGCCAGCCAGAUGGAGAUGCCCGUCGCCAGCCCAGCACCCAGAGAUCUCCACAUUGUGGUCGCAAUUGUGGACCUGCGUCAGUCGUAAAACGCGCCGGGCUCAAUUCUAACACGGCUCGCCUCGUGAGCUUUGCAGCCAAGUGGGGAUUUGAACCCUGGUCUCACACUCCGGCGCUCUAACCACUGCACCGCCACGAAUUUUCCCCACCCUAAAUGAGCGACUCUGCUCAUCAAAACUGAGGCAGUAAAGAGGCUUUCUUGGCCAGCCGGGGGGGAAUUGCAGCACAGGCGCCUCCAAAUUGAGGCAAGGCUCGGUUUAACAGACAAUGCUGUUCUGCAGGGAUUCUGGGAAUUGGAGGCCUGUUGUCGGGCAGCUGUGUGUGCUGCGUGUGACCUCUUGCCUCCCUUUUCUUUCUCUCGUUCGUCCUCCUUUCUCUUUUUAGAGCUUCCUUCCCUUCUGCUUAACUUGCUUGGCUAGGCAGGACAGUGUGGAUGGAAAGAUGAGAGAGAAAGAGCCAGGCAGAUGGCAGCAGAGGUGGUGGUGACUAAGCUAAAAUCCUGUUUUGAUAUAUAUUUAUUUUUCGUCCCGGCCUUUUCCGUAUGGGAAAAGGCCUUUUAGUCAUAGCCUAGCGACGGUGGCGGCCACCCGGAACCUCUCACCCCACGUUUCUCACCACGUGGUGAGAAAUGGUGGCCGGCCAAAGUCACACAGCAGGCUUUGUGGUUGAGUGGGGAUUCGAACCCAGGAUGUCCUGUCUCCUAGGGCGUUGCGCUCUCAUCUGCUAUACCUCAUUGAGCCCUAGGCGUUCCCAACUCCUUCCUUCGCCGACUGCCUUUCCUUUCCUUACACGAAGAAGAAUUGCAAAACUAACGAUGGCUGCCCACCUUCUCUCUCUCAGUAGGCCAGGAAAGACGACCAUGGUAUACUGACAACCAGGGUUAGAAACUCAGAUAUAUAAUCUAAUUGCCAAACCUAGGUUACGGUUGCCACAAUGGAAUGGCUAGGCACUCUUUUUCUCCCCAGUGGAAUUUAUUUUAUUUUUUUCAUUUCAUUUGUAUACUGCUUUGUACCUCGGGUUACAUAUGCUUCAGGUUACAUACACUUCAGGUUACAGACUCCGCUAACCCAGAAAUAGUACCUCGGGUUAAGAACUUUGCUUCAGGAUGAGAACAGAAAUCAUGCUCCGGCGGCACAGCAGCAGCGAGAGGCCCCAUUAGCUAAAGUGGUGCUUCAGGUUAAGAACAGUUUCUGGUUAAGUACGGCCCUCCAGAACGAAUUAAGUACUUAACCUGAGGUACCACUGUAUUUCAAAGAACAAAUCUCAAUGCGGUUUACAACGCAUCAAAACAUCAAAUGAAGCAAUACAGAACAAAACAAAUUUCAAGCUUCAAGGAAAAAUAUUUCAGAUCUUUCUCUAAGUGUUGUUUUGCUUUCCCCAGUCGCCAGCCCAGCAUCCAGAGCUCUCCAUGUCGUUGCAAUUGGAUCCGCGCCAAUCAGAAAAAGCGCCUGGUGCCUGGCUAAUUUCUAACACCGCUGGCAACGUUGAUUUCCUUGCAGGUCCCAGGUUCAGAAGGAACCACCUCUGCAGAACCUACCCCAUGUCGAUUCUUCCAAUCCUUCCUUUUUUCCGCUUUGCUGUCUGUGAGCUUCUGCAACCGCUUGUUAGCACCACAGCAUCCUAAAGGCAGGUCAGGUUUGAGAGGAACUGUCACGCAAUUACACAACCAUCUCAUUAAUCCAAAAGGCCUUGGGAACAUUUUUUUUAAAAUGCUGGGCAAACAACCUUUAAAGAAGCAGGAGCGAAACUGGCAUUGGGUUGCAUGGGCGUGUGAGGCCGGAUAGGGAGUCCAAUAAUAAUUUGGGUUUCGUCUCUGUCUCCUUGCACAUAUGUUCAGGGAAUAUGGUCUAAGGAAGUCUGAGCAGUGAGAAAUACUUCAUUUUGCAACUCCCCCCCCCCCCCCGCUUUAUCGCAGCGCUGUGAACAAAACUGGUAUCUUUCUCUCCCCUUGGUGCAAUCUGCCAUCAUGUUUCUGAUGUGGAUUUGUAAAAAACUUUAAAAGGUUAUUUAUUCUUAAGGCCGUGGGGGCAUCUUUGACAAGGUUAUGAAUCCGUAUUACUUUGCACGUGCAUGCUUUUUUACACACACACACACACACACACACACAACACAACACAACACACCUCUUUGUGAUGUUAUCUCUCUUGCCCCAGUCUCUCUUAGCUGCUUGGGCUGGGGGCUGAAACCUGCAAACUGCCAACCACACAUCUGCCCAGCAGCUGCAGCAGCCCUCCUUGCCAUCUGGUUGGGUUGCCAUGUCCUAUGGGGCUGGUGGACUGGCUUAGCUCCCAAGGCCUCUGCAUGUAAAACCCGAGUGGAUUCGAUUUCGUUCAGAAAGGCUUGAGUUGACCAUGGUACCGACUUGCUCCCCCCAUCUUUUUAACUGUUCAAAGUGCUUUAACAUGCACUAUUUCGGUAAUCCUUACAAAAUCCUCCGUGCAAGACCAGCAUUUGCAUAAUGCAGAUGAGGCGAUGGAAGUGAGAACACUGUGGCUUAUCUCAAGGCCUGCAAGUAAUGCAAUUUGCGGCAGAGGUGAGACUGGAACCAGGGAUUUUGUCUUUCACAUUCAAGGCUACCCUAAUUUAAACGAUGGUGGAAUUUCUUUCGCUCUCUUUUUAAAGGGUGCUGCAAAAUGGAUAUCUUCUGAAUUAAUUUUUUUCAGGACUUUCUCCUAUGUAGGUAUGCAUAAGAAUGCAUGGGAGAUGCAGCCAAAGCACUGAAUAUGCAGACUGAUUUUUAUCCCCCCCCCCCCUGCACAGAACCCCACCCUCCGACCAGCAGGGUUUAUGUGAGUUCUCAGAAAGAACGAUCUCAGUAGGAUAUAUCACGACACAGUUCAUAGGUCAGCAAUGGCUUCCAUUUUUCGUUUGUCCCCAUCUUAAAAUGAUGGAGGCUGGUGCUGGACCAGAGGAGCUGUCCUCGAUGUGUGUCUGAUUUCUCUCUGCCUGCUCCCAUUUUUUUUUGUUAAUAAAAAAAGCCUUUGCUUUUCACAUUGUGUGCUCUCCCUCCCUCUCUCCCUCCCUCCCUCUUCUCUCUUUCCUCUCUGCUUUGAAAAGCAUCUUCUAAGCCAAACAGGAAACCAUCUGAUAUGGUUUGUGGGUAGCAGGGAGAAGAACAAUAAAUGUGUGUGUUUUUUUAAAAAAAAGAAAGAAAAGAAGAAAGGACAGUCUGAAUGGUGGGGGCAGACAGACUGUGGGAACCUCAGCAAGUUAACCUCUGAGCUUAUCUGUUCUCUGGUACAGGUGUUUUCAGACCCCCAGCUCAUUGUCUCUUGUUGCUGAUUGACGGGGCUUCCUGACUUUCUGUGUCUGAAUGUGCAUGCAGGAAAAAGGAACUUCAAAACUGGGGUGGGUGGGUCUUGUGGUACUUCUAUUUUUCUGCCACAUUCCUCACCCAUUCCAUGAGGCCUUGAACUUGGGUUUUUUUCUUCUAUGCCUCCCCCUCCAAAAAAGCCCCCCCCCCAUACAAGCUGUUAUUUUGCAGGUGCAAUAGCUGAUAACUGAGUCCACAAGUAUGUUCUGUUGUUGUUGUUUAGUCGUUUAGUCGUGUCUGACUCUUCGUGACCCCAUGGACCAGAGCACACCAGGCACUCCUGUCUUCCACUGCCUCCCACAGUUUGGUCAAACUCAUGCUGGUAGCUUCAAGAAUACUAUCCAGCCAUCUCGUCCUUUGUCGUCCCCUUCUCCUUGUGCCCUCCAUCUUUCCCAACAUCAAGGUCUUUUCCAGGGAGUCUUCUCUUCUCAUGAGGUAGCCAAAGUAUUGGAGCCUCAGCUUCAGGAUCUGUCCUUCCAGUGAGCACUCAGGGCUGAUUUCCUUCAGGAUGGAGAGGUUUGAUCUUCUUGCAGUCCAUGGGACUCUCAAGAGUCUCCUCCAGCACCAUAAUUCAAAAGCAUCAAUUCUUCGGCGAUCAGCCUUCUUUAUGGUCCAGCUCUCACUUCCAUACAUCACUACUGGGAAAACCAUAGCUUUUACUAUACGGACCUUUGUCGACAAGGUGAUGUCUUCUUUUUAAGACGCUGUCUAGGUUUGUCAUUGCUUUUCUCCCAAGAAGCAGGCGUCUUUUAAUUUUGUGACUGCUGUUACCAUCUGCAGUGAUCAUGGAGCCCAAGAAAGUAAAAUCUCUCACUGCCUCCAUUUCUUCCCCUUCUAUUUGCCAGGAGGUGAUGGGACCAGUAUGUUCUGACUUGCUCCCAAAUAUCCUUUAUCCUUCCCCAAUCCCCAUUGCUCUCCCAUUUCCACAUCUCCCCUUGCAUUAUAUCCUGUGGGGCAGCCAGCGCCUGGUUUGCACAUCAUUUUUUAAACCACCAUGAAACCAAAUUAUGACUUAAAUGUGAACGUUCAGCUUGCCAGGUGUUUGUUUGUGAAAUCUCAGGUGCUGUCACACUGCUGGGAACUAAGCUACUGUCUUCCUUUAGUAUUAUGCCCACAACCCCAAGCUCAUGGUUUUUUCGCUCUGAACAAACCAUAAGGAGGAGCUAAGGUUAGUUCCGGGCUUACUGCUCAUGGUUUGUUUGAAGGAAACCAAGCACAAGCCCAGUUUUGGAGGCAACACUAAUCUAGACUGUGGCUAGGCUUGCAGCAUGGCAGGACUGCGGGAGGAGCAAAAAUCGCCUGCGAUUUCAGUGCUGCGUGUUCACAUUUUAAACCUUAGUUUUCCCUUUGAAGUGAUGUGUGAAUAAGGCCAGCUUGGUGGAGGUGGAGAGAAGGAACUGUUGCAGGUUUGUGCGCUCGAUGAAGCACUUUCAAAACUUUCUCUUUUUUUAGCAGAGUAGCUGCUGUCAUCUGUUUUUGAAACUCGGCGACUUUUUUCAAGUAGCUCUCUGGAUUCCAGCCACUAUCUUUCAGCUAAAAUGGAAAAACCAGGUUCUCUUGCUUCCUCCUAAUUUUUUUAUUAUUUUUUUGUCUGAUGCUCAGGUUCUGGCCGGCAGGUUCUGGUGUGGUAACCCGUCUCCUGCCCCCUGCCCCGGUCUGUGUGGCUGUGAACUGUUCCAUCGCCUGCCUUUCCUCUUGCCUCUCCCUCCAUCCAGACUGCUUUGUAACAAAGCUCCAUAAUGCGAACCAUUGUUCUAAACUGAUAAAAUAUGACCCUGGUAAAUGUACCGCGCCGGCAGCUUUUGUCAACAGGGGCUCUAUGCGCCUCCCCACCCCCUGGCACAAAAUGGAGCUGAAAUCUUUUGGCUGGCAGCCUGUGGGGAGAUGGAUGGCUUUUGGACCCAGGACUGUGGGGUUCCGGUUGCAGCCUGCAUUUAGAAGGGAAGCAAUGGGGGAUUAAUAACAGCCGCACGAGUGGGAAAUGGCUUCCCUAACCUGUUUCUGCUGGGCUGUGAAGUGUGAAGAGCUUAUUAGUUGAAAUGUUCCAUACCCAACUCCCCUUCUCCAACACACGCAUCUUGUGCCGCCUCUGGGGUGAACACUUCCUUGUUGCUUGUCGUCCCCCCCGCCCCCGGUCAAAAACGGGAUGUGUGUUGCAACAUACCUGAGCCACGUGGGACGUUGUAGUACAAGAUGUAAGCAGAGUUCCCCAGGAGGCAGCCUGCGAGACGGGCAGAGUCCUGCACCCCUUCGAUUUCAAAGACACACACCACCGAUUCGGAGAGGGAGGGGAUGGCUUUGUCGUCCUUCUCUAUGCUGCUCUAUUAGGUAUUGGCAGCAGUGUUAGAAAUUAGCCAGGCGCAUUUUGUGACUGGCGCAGGUCCAAUUGCAACCACGUGGAGAACUCUGGGUGUGUCAGGCUAGGGACAGUCAUCUCCAUCUGGCUGGCCCCUCCGGCUUUCUUAAGCAGGUCAGCUGAAGAGCUCAUUUAUUGCAUCCGUAUCCCACCUUUGUCUCCCAAGAAGCCCAUGUUUCAGGCCCCCUUCCUCAGUUAAUCCCCACAACGACCCUGUGGGGUGUGACUGACUCCAAGGACUGACUCCAAGAGGCUGUGACUGACUCUAAGGUCACCCCGUGAGCAUCAGGACUGAGUGGGGAUUUGAACCCUCAUCCCCCAGAUGCGAGUCCGACACUCUAACCACUAGCCCACACUGCCUUCCUAGAGUCCUUUUGCUAUGAGACAGCUCUAUAAACUAAGCAGUUAAAUAAAUACGGAGAAAGCAACAUGGCACUUAGAGAAGGAUCUGAUAUGUUUCCCUUGAAGCUUGAAUUUGUUUUAUUCUGGGUUGUUUUAUUUGAUGUUUUAAUGUGUUGUGAGCCACUUUGAGAUUUUUUUCUGUAGGGAUCCCAUGUGAUCCCUACAUUUUUCCUUUAAAAUAUUAAGUGGUAUCGAAAUGAAAUUAAUAAGAAUAAACCUUGCUGGGGGAAAUUGUUGCGUAAGCACCAUAACCCGCGUUUAGGGUGCCACGUUCAGCAAUUAUGGUCCCCUUUAGCGAUUACCUUCUAUAUCUAUGAGUUUCCAGGGCUUAUUUUCAGCCGGAAGUUGACAGAACUCUGUUCCGACACCUCUCAGGUGGGCACCACUGCUGUUAUAAGAGAACAGGGAAGCCAUUCGUAGUGAGUUCCGGCAUCUCUUUUUCUAGGGGGAAAAAAAUAGCGCUGUGAGUUUCUAACACUGGCUUGAAGUAUCCAGCCGAUACCCUUGCUUAAUCCUGCCAGUGUGCGAUAGCUGAAGACAUUUUGCCGUCUUGAGGCAGAAAACAUAACAUGCCAAACAGUUUGCCACUCUGAAACGGUUCCUCCCAAAUCUGCUGCCCUGGUGUGAAUAUGGCCAUGAUGUGGCGCAGGCCCCAUCCCUAUUUUAGAUUGCCGUAAAACUGGGUCACCUUAACUCUUCCCACCCACCCCCUCCACCUUUAUUCUGCAAUAUGUGCCAUGCUGCUCUUGUGGUUAGGCUGUAGCCAGACACUCUCCAUCUGGCCUGUCGCUGCUUAUGGUCUUUUGUGGGGGGCAGAGAAAGAAGUGUCAUGUCCGCUGCUGGGCAUGUCGGUGGUGGUGGGGAGGGAGUGCCCGUGGCGGCAGGUGAAGCUUAUAAAAAUGGGUAUUUUAGCAUUUGCGGGCAGCAAACUGUUGAGUUGCAUUUCAUUCCUGCCAGUAUAUUAUUAAGGAAACACAUAAAGCGUCCCGGUCAAAUCCUUUCAUAAACAAUAACGCGAAGCACACCUAAGCUAAGCAUUAGUUGGAGCCAUAAUGGUUAUGAGCUGGAAGUCCCUGGUUGAAAUCUCAGCCUGGCCAUGAACUCUCUCUGGGUAACCUUAGGGAAGCUGCCAUUUCUGGUCCUUGGUGUCCUCCCCCCCCCACUCCCUCCCCACUGCAAUAUGGGGAUGAUAGGUCAGUAUUAUCUACAGGCUUAUUGUGAGGAUUAUGGAGAUAAUAAUAUAUGCAAAGUGCUUUGAGCAAUGUAAAUACUAAGUGCUUCUAUUAUUACUGCGAAUGCAGCCUGUGUCUCUCCUCCCUAGCCUCCCUGGAAUAGCUCAUCUCACUCUUUUGAGACAAAAGGUUGUGCUGAGUAAUUCAAGGGUAGCCAGUUUUAUGGGAUUAAUUUUAGUUUGGGAGAGCUGUGUGCCUCGAAAGGGAAUAAGCAGGGCUGUGUUGAUCCCAUGUCACCUGCCAGAGCGGGGUUUUGGCAUCUGAUGAUGAACUUGGCAUAUUAUUUUUUUUAAGUUUCUAGUCCCUGUGGCUGUGGUGUGUGCGCGCCUGUGUGUGUGCUGAGUUUCAAAAGUGUGUGGACGCAGUCCGGUGUAAUCUACUUGCCACUUAACAGAUGUGUUGGGUAGGUCUGGGCGAGGUAUCAGUAGGUUGUCCCAAAAACCGGUUUGAAGUCUGUAUCGUAAUAUCAGUUUCCUAAUUUUUCGAUCUGGCAAUGUAUUGCGGAUCAUGAUUUGCGUGUGCGUGCUAUGCAAAAAUCACAAUGUGGGAAAAACCGUGAAGUCAGCCAAUGCUUCUACAUAGCUCCAUCCUUAUUUCAGGCAUUGUGAUAUAUAUAUUGUGAUGUUUAGCUGGUGAUAUGUUGCGAUGUUGAAAACCAGAUAUCGCCCAGCCCUACGGUUGGGACAUUUCGUGAUUUUGUGUGGUACGUGUGUGUUUACAGGGAUUCAAAGCCUUGUACAGUGGUACCUUGGUACUCGAACGGCUUGGCUUCCAAACAAAGCAGCUCCCGAAUGUUGCAAACCCAGAAGUGUUCCUGUUUGCAAACGUUUUUCGGAAGCUGAACUUCUGACGUUCUUCCGCUUGAGUUCAGGAUGCUCCUGCAGCUGAUCGGAAGCUACGCCUUGGUUUUUGAAUGGUUUCUGGAGUCGAACGGACUCCCGGUACGGAUUAAGUUCGAGAACCAAGGUACCACUGUAUAGCUUUUUCGCUCCAGAAGCAGAAUCAAAACAUGAACAGCAAGAGGCAGACUUCAUUUGGUGGUGCAUGGCUUUUGGUGAGAGCGUGGAGUUAGGUCUUUUGCAACAGGUGCUCUUGACGUAGAUGUUUAGCUUUUUGGGUGAAUUAGUGUAAAGUUCACAUUCGUACACAUCUACGCCGCCCUCCCGGGGUGCAGAGGGCUGAAGCACACAUUGCUACCUUAAGGGUCUAUAAGUUUGCUUAUAUUUCUCUCUCUCUCUGGUGACUGCAUCCUGGGGGAAGCAUCCAUUUUCGCCAUUUAGCCAGUGAGUGCAUUGAACAAAAUGGGCGCAGGAGUGUGUGUUAAAUGGAGCAUGUCUCGAUUUGCUAUUGUAACCCAGGCAGCCCAAAUGCUGGUGCUAAGAGUCCCCUCUCUGCAUGCAUCUGCGGCUUGCUUGGCCUGUGUGUGUCGUUUGAGUGUGCUUCACCCUCCAGGGGCAGAGUGUGGCAGCACUUUGCAAACUGCACACUCUCCUCCUUUUACUUAUUCAUGGCCUGCCCGUCGGAAGAGAUCCUCGUCUGCCGAGUGGUGCUUGGACAGCCUGGGAUUCUCAAAAGGUUCCUGCUAACCUGAAUCUGACAGUCAGUGAUUCAGCAGCGCCGCUUCGGCGCAGAGAACAGAAGCAAGCCCCUUUUGCUAGUUUUGCAGUGGUUUAGAGUUGCCCCUUCUGGCAGAAGCAUCCUUUCUCCAUGCUUAAUCCCCGUUUUGCAUCCUUCCUGGAGUCAGGAUGGGGAGCCACCAACUCUCCAUUGGUCAAGGAUUGCAGAAGUUGUAACCAACCAUGUCCGAAGGGACGCAGGUUCCUGACCCCUGGUCUGCAGUGUUCCUGCUUUUUGAACCUGUAUCGGAGCAGUGUAUUGUGGGAUGAUUCCAUUUUGUCCAAUCAUGGAUGUGCGUUGAGGCACUGUGGUGCAGCCACACAAGUUUGGGCCUUACAGCUGGGCUGUAUAUACACGGUCAAAGUGUUCCACUCCCAAUAAUAAUAAUAAUAAUAAUAAUAGUUAAUUAUUUACACCCCACCCAUCUGGCUGGGUUUCCCCAGCCACUCUGGGCAGCUUACAACAGUAUACAGUGGUACCUUGGGUUACAUACGCUUCAGGUUACAUACGCUUGAGGUUACAGACUCCGCUAACCCAGAAAUAGUACCUCGGGUUAAGAACUUUGCUUCAGGAUGAGAACAGAAAUCGUGCUCCGGCGGUGACAAUGGGAGGCCCCAUUAACUAAAGUCAUGCUUCAGGUUAAGAACAGUUUCAGGUUAAGAAUGGACCUCCAGAACGAAUUAAGUACUUAACCUGAGGUACCACUGUAUUAAAAUACAAUAGUCCGUCAAACAGUAAAAGCUCCCCUAACCUUCCCUCUUAGUGAAUUAUUUGUGACCCCAUCAGCAGGGCCAAGGGCGGUGGUCUUGUCAUCAGGGCAGGCCAGGACCUCCAUACACACUGCCCAGACUUUCGCCCCAGGGACGUCACUCCAGUUCUACUAAUGUAGCAAUUUGUCCUCAUCCUUGGAGUUGCACUCCAUUGUCUGUUGAGACAGACGGAUGCCAACAACAGUACAAAUUAGGAUUUUUAUGAACGUUCCUUGGAAAUGUUCAGUGGGUGGGAGGGGACCGAUCUGUUCAAGUUUUUUUAAUCUUCCCAACCACAUGCAGAUGUUGUUGCUGUUAAUUUGAUUUAUAUACCACUUCUUAGCCCAAUACAACAUAAUUUGCAUAGUAUGAUAAUAAAAUGCAAUAAAACAACCGGGUGGGAGAGGGGGAAUGGACCAUACCACCAGUCAUAGAUUUGUUCAAUGGCCAAAGCCCCAGGCAAAAAGGAAUGUUUUUGCCUGGUGCCUAAAGAUGUAGUGAUGGCGCCAGGCGAGCCUCUCUGGGGAGAGCAUUCCACAAAUAGGGAGCCACCACAGAAAAGGCCCCGUUCCCAUAUAUGGCAGGAUCUGGAGCAGGGGUAGGCAACCUAAGGCCCAUGGGCCGGAUGCGGCCCAGUCGCCUUCUCAGCCCGGCCUGCGGACGGUCCAGGAAUCAGCGUGUUUUUACAUGAGUAGAAUGUGUGCUUUCAUUUAAAAUGCAUCUCUGGGUUAUUUGUGGGGCAUAGGAAUUCGUUGUUUUUUUCACCAAAAUAUAGUCCGGCCCACGGCUGAAAAAGGUUGCUGAUCCCUGAUCUGGAGGGUCACAGGUUCACCACCCCUGACUUAAAGGUUGUAUACAGCAGCAGGAAUAUUGUAUGUGUUUAGAUACUGUUGUCAAACUUGUUUUAUCUGCUUAUUUAUUUAUUUAUUUUUAACCUCCCCGGCUGUGUUGGAGAAAGUUUGAGAGACUAUAUAUAUAUAUAUAUAUAUAUAUAUAUAUAUAUAUAUCCCAUCCUUCCUCCGCCAGGAACCGGGCUGCUGCUUGAUAAAUUAGCCUCUUGGGGACUUGAGCAACCCGUUCUAAAGGGAGGAUGGGACAGGAUUCUUGGCAAGGUUAGGAUAUUUCCACUCCUGGAAAGAACAGCGGUGCUUUUAAGAGUGUUUGUUGUGAUUAUCUCUUCAAUGUCUAAUGCUUGUAGUGAUGUUAUCAGCACAGUUCCAUCCUCCCUCCUCCUCCUCUCUUUAUAACAUUAAUUUUCAUGUAAAGGAAUCUGUGCAUUUGGCAUGCAAACCUAGACUGUUGUGAAAUGAGCCUCUUUUUUUGACAAAGUAAUAAUCAUAAAUAAAUAAGAAUAAAAAUGUGCACCCUUCCACCAAGACCAUUCCAUUGUAACUAUCCAACCUCCCCAAAUUUCAACACCUCUUGCAAUGGUUUGACCCCUUUCUGUUUUAACAGUACAAAUUCUACAAACGCCCUCCAUAUCUCCUCAAAAUCAUUUCUCCUGCGUAUUCCCCAUCUUACCUUAACGGCACAUGUUAAAUUAUCGUUAAUAGCUUAUAUCCCACACCUCUUUAUACCAUUCUUCCAUUUUAUAUUCACCUUGCUGUUUCCACUUCCUAGCUAUCAUAAUUUGUGCAGCUGUCAAUAAAUUUGUGAGCAAGUCCUUCGUAGGCUGCAAACCUUCAACCCCAUCCUAGAUUGAUAAUAACGCUACCUCUGGACUUGCGGUCAGGAAAUUAGCCUUUUUGAGUGUGAAGAACUCUCAAGCUGGGCAAAAUGUUGGCACAUUUCCUGCACAUGUGGGCCCGGUGCGUGUGGUUCUGCCAGAGGCAGCUGCUGCCGCACCACCUUGUUCUGGAAGGGCGAGUCAAGUCCGCCCGACUUGUCUGGCUUUCCAUUGCAACCCCAUGAUUAAGAGGUGGCUAUCAGAUAUUACUCACAGAUUUUUUUAUGCGGUGCACAAAGUGCUUUUGGGUUGGUUGGGUGGAUGUGGCAGCUGUUUGGCGCGGGCCUCUGUCACAUGGGCCUGAGACGCUGAGCCAUGCUCUGGCAUGUGUUGCCCUGGCAUUGAAUGUGGCUGUUCCUGUGGUCACAUAAUGACCAGAGGCGAUAUUCAGUGGUACCUUGGGUUACAUACGCUUCAGGUUACAUACACUUCAAGUUACAGACUCUGCUAACCUAAAAAUAGUGCUUCAGGUUAAGAACUUUGCUUCAGGAUGAGAACAGAAAUCGUGCAGCGGCGGCACAGCGGCAGCAGGAGGCCCUAUCAGCUAAAGUGGUGCUUCGGGUUAAGAACAGUUUCAGGUUAAGAACAGACCUCCGGAACGAAUUAAGUACUUAACCCGAGUUACCGCCGUAAUGGCAGUACUUUCAGCUGGGAACAGAUCCUCCAUGCCCUUUUGAGCCUUUAGCCUCCCCUGAUGAGGAGGACAAACCUGGAGUUAGUGUCAGAAGUAGGAAUCACGUGUCAGCAAAGUUUAACUCUUUAUUCAGAGAAACCAAAACAGCACAGGCCAAGAGCUCUUCUCAGGAGGUCUCGUCCCAAUGAGGCAGUUGCGAGGACUGAAGGUCCUUGAUUUCCCACAGCUGCCUAAGUCUCCUCCUCUCCAGGGUUCACCCACCAAGCAAUCUGAGACUGUGUCUGUGCGCCACCAAUCUCUCCUCUGCUCUUUUCAUUUCUCUGUGUGUUCUGGGAGACCUGAGGGAGGGGAGCUGGUCGCAGCAGGAGGGGGAGACUCCCUGGAUUCUCCAGCAGCCGCCCUCAUCUCUGUCUCCUGUCUCCCCUCUUCUCCAGCUGGGGCUGAUGGGAGUUGUAGUCCAAAACGCAAGGAGGGCAUCAGGUUGGGAUAGGCUACUUGAGACAGAUUGCAGAAUCCAUAUUUUCUUGGAGCAGAAUUUUUUUGUUCUGUUUUGCUGUAUCUUUUUUUAAAAAACAACUAUACCCCACUGAUGGGGGUUGCAGUCCAAAAAACCCAGAAGGGCACCACGUUGGGGGAAGCUGGUCGAAAGUACAGUCAUACCUCAGGUUACAGACGCUUCAGGCUGUGUUUUUUCGGGUUACGGACAGCUGAAACCCGGAAGAACCGGAACAGGUUACUUCCGGGUUUCGGCAGUCGCGCAUGCGCAGAAGCGUCAAAUCACAACCUGCGUGUGCGCAGAUGUGCUGCUGUGGGUUGCGGACGCUGCGGGUUGCAAACGUGCAUCCCGCACGGAUCACGUUCACAACCAGAGUGUCCACUGUAUACGAACCAGCAAAACUUGCAUGAUUUUACUUUGUGGAAAGGGGAAAGGAGCUAAAUCCAAUUCCUCUCCCCAAAAAUUAUGCACAGCCCCACUCCCUUCUGAGGCUUUUGCACAGGCACAACCUACAUGCUCCCAGGCUGUGAGGCCUCUCUUAUCACUUCAAACUAAGGCUUCAAAUCCUUGGAGCUGAAUCCUGCACCUGAUACCACAUUUGCUCUUUUUCUCCCUCUCUUUGCCGCCCAGCUCCGCUUGUUCUGCAUUAUGCAGCAGUAUUUCACUGUAGGCAGAACCACAAGCCAGUCUGCAGAUGCCGAAGCUUCUCCUCCAUCUGUUUGCCCAUCAGCUUGCUGCUCCCCCUUCCCGGGGACCGCCUGAAAUCUGCAUCACCACUUCUCCUUCCCCUCUAGAUAAUGGCAGGAAGGCGUUGGGCUUCCUUUAUUGCAUUGUCAAUUUUCACAUGCUUCCCAGAUGGCGAGGAAACCCCCGGUUCGAAUCUCGUCUCCGCUAGUCACUCACCAAGGAGGCGUUAGGCGAGGCUCUCAGCCCAAGUUGCCACUCUCUGCAGCAGAGGGAAUAACAGUGCAAGGACGGGGAAACCCCUGAGUCUACAGAGUUGCUGGACUCCCAGCUCCUAUCAUUCCUCACCAUGGGCCAUGCUGGCAGGUGCUGAUGGGAGUGGGACUAUGGUUACCAGAUUUUUUUCAGUGAAUCCAGGGACACUUUUUUUUUUUUAAGCUGAGUAGCAACAAGGAGUCAGUAGUGGGGAUGGUAAGGCAAAGGACCCUGGGCCCAAGCACACAUGCAUAUUGUAUAAAGGUGCAAAGCCUUUCGUUCGCACCCUGCAAAACAUAAAUGUGCAGUUUUUUUCAAAAACUGGGCAACGGCGCACCAUGUGCCCAUGACUCCCAAGCCUUCCCCGAUCUCCUUCCCCUUUCCCCUUUGUUUUGACAGAUCAGGGGAGGCUUGGAAGUCACGGGCGGGCGGCCGUUGCCCAGGAGGGGCCAGCCUGGUAGUGCAGUUGGCUCUGGCUGGCUUCAGGAGCUGCUUGCUGCCGUGGCGCAGGAAAAAUGGUGGGUGCCACGGCAGAGAGCAGCAAGCAGCUCCUGAAGCCAGCCAGAACCAACUGCGCUAACAGACUGGUUCUGGACUGCUGAGGCUGCCACGGCCACGUUUCCCGGGAACAGAUUUGCAAAUCUGGGGACGUUCCGGGGACGGAAUUUGUCCGGGGACAGAAUUGCAAAUCGCGUACUGUUCCCAGGAACCGGGGACAUCUGGUAACCCUAAGUUGGACUCCCAGCAAUAUCUGGUUCCCCAACCCUGCCUAACAAAGCUGUAACUAGACAAUGCAAUGUGAGCAGACACUUUAAACAUUUGAAAGGUAUGCAAGCCAGGUUAUCUGUGUCCAGAGAGGGGUGUAGCUGGGCAGCUGGAUGGCCACUUGGGCUUCCAGUGACAGAACUGGAUCCAAGAGAAACUCCCCCUGCUCCAAGCUGCAAACGUGAUCCUUUUUUUUGGGGGGGGGGAAUUGCAGCUCCUUCCACAGCUGGCCGGACACCCUUUAUCUGAGUUCAAGAGCCUCUUACUAACAGAAUUUCUGUCUCAUAUGCACUGGGCUUCAGCUUCUUUGGUUUUCAUUCAUCACCACGAUAUUUUUAUUUAAUAAUUAAUUUUAUUUCUAUACCACCCUAUACCCGAAGGUCUCAUGGAUUGGCAGGAGGCAAGAGAGCAGUGGAGGCACCAGCUAGGGACCCCCCCCCCCAAGGAAAGAAGGCUCAGAGUCCGGGGAGUGGUGGUGGGAUGACGCUGAGUGGUCAGAGGGAGAAGACUGGGAGGAGGUGGUGUCGGAAGCUGAAGAGGUAACAGGGUUUAGUGAGCAGGAAGAGUCUGUGGCAGAGAGCAGUCCAGAAUUAGAGGCAGAAGAGGAGGCUGGAAAGGAGUAGGGGCCAAGAGGCAUAGAUGAGUCCUCCUCCUGCAACCAGCUCCCUUCCCCACUGGUCUCCCAGAACCCAGAGAGGUAUGAAGAGGGAGGAGCAAAGAGGCUAUCAAGGCAAGGGGAUGUUCGCCAGCUGCUUUAAAACCGUGGCUGGGCCCGUCACUUAACUAGCCGUUUCCCUUCUUUCAGCUGCCAUCGCCCAGAGGGUGAAAGUCCUGGAUGAGGUCACGGGCUACCUGGGGCAGGAAGUCACCCUGCCGUGCACCUUUGUGUCGACGGGCAACGAGAUCAAGGUCAGCCUGGUCACCUGGAUGAAGGAAGCCGCGGGCAGGAAGCAGAAUGUGGCCGUCUUCCACCCGGACCACAAGCCCAGCUACCCGUUGGAGACGGAGCGCGGGCGGAUCCGCUUCAAGACCCAGACCCUGGAGGACGCUACCCUGAUCAUCGGCCCCCUGCGCAUGGCUGACGAGGGCACCUACGCCUGCGAGUUCGCUGCGUACCCCUCGGGCAACGAAGAUGGCAUCACCAACCUGGUCGUACUGGGUAAGGGCAGACCCUUCCUCAGAAAGGCGAAUGUGGGAGGCCCUGUUACGAACUGUGCCUGGUGAGGCUGUAGACCCCUGCAGCUGAUGAGGCUACCCUGGGGUGAGAGAGAGUACACCCCACUAGAGGAGCUUCCGUGCCUGUUUAAGCCGGAGGUGGAGAGCCUGUGGUCCUCGGGACUCCAACUCCCAUCAGCCCCAGCCAACAGGGUCAGCGGUGAGGGAUGAUGGGAGUUGCAGUCCGGCAACAUUGGGGCGGCCACAGAUUCCCCACCCUUGGCAAACAGCCCAAUUGUACGCUGCCCUGGAAAUGUUCAGUGGGAAGAUGGUAUAAAAAUGUCUUACUGUAUUUUUCGCUCUAUAGGACGCACCCGACCAUAGGACGCACCUUGUUUUAGAGGGGGAGAACAAGAAAAAAGAAUUGUCUCCCUCUCUGCGCAGCACCCCUUCAGCAAAGCUGCAGGAGAAACGGAGCCCCUUCCAUUUCUCCUACCGCUUCACUGAAGGGGCGCUGCGCAGAGAGAGAAAGCUGAGCAGUGCCUCUCCAGCAAAGCAAAGCCAGGAGAGCAAGAGGGAUCGGCUCCCACUGCACUUUGGAGGCUUUGCGUUGCUAUUGCUGAAGCCAUGGAGCCUGCAUUCGCUCCAUAAGACGUGCACACAUUUCCCCUUAAUUUUUGGAGGGGAGAAAGUGCGUCUUAUAGAGCGAAAAUAUGGUAGAUGGUAGAAAGAACUUAACCUCAUCUUACUUCGCAUCUACAUUCGUACCUUGGUUCGCGAACGACUUGCGAGUCAAAUGUUUGGGCUCCCGAAUGCCACAAACCCGGAAAUGAGUGUUCUGGUUUGUGAAUGUUCUUUGGAACCUGAAUGUCCGACGUGGCUUCUGAUUGGCUGCAGGAAGUUCCUGAAGCCAAUUGGAGCUUCCUGCAGCCAAUCGGAAGCUGUGCCUUGGUUUCCGAACGUUUUGGAAGUCGAACGGACUUCUGGAACGGAUUCCGUUCGACUUCCGAGGUACGACUGUAUAUGGGAUGUGCGGUGAGUUCAGAGUUUGCAAUGGGCCUCUUCUUUCUCCAUGCCUUUCCCCCUGUAAGGCAGUUUAGUCAUGGACAGGGGUCACUCAGCGAGCUUUGUGACCGAAGCAGGGAUCUAGCCCAGAGGCCCCCCCCCUUCGUUAGGCUCCUAGCCCAAACCUCUAACCACCACACUGAAGAAUAUUCUGGGCGAUGUUGUGCAGGGUGCUGGUUACGCCUGUGGAGUCGUGCUGCCCCCCCCCCACCUCGAUCUGUCCUUCCCAGAACUGGGAAGUAGGACUCUGGCUGAUUCUGCCUGUUAUUUUAGGAGAUGCAAAUUGCCUGCAUCUGGCAGUAUUCUGACGGGAGAGGAAUCUGCACAUUUUUAAAUUGCUUCCUCGGGGCCAUUUCUGAACCGAGCCUCUUAAACGCUUUCCCCGGCUCGCGCGCCCCUGUGUUGUGAGGUAGCGCCGUGUCCCGAUUCCUCGAAUUAAUUAUGGGCAAUUCGUUGUAAUGUUCCGCAACCAGGGAGUGUUAAUAACAGCGGUAAUAAGUCCCUACCUAAUAGGCUGCUUUGCAGCAGGGAGAAAAAACAAACAAACCCAAAAAGGCUUUGGGCAAUGGAGACCCAACAGGGCUUCGUGCUCAAAUUACUGCAGUUUUCUUGCAUGGCUCAGCAAUAAAGUCGCUGGACUGUCAUUUAGGACUCUCUUCGCCUUUAAUCUGAGCAUGGAUGGAACUCCUGGGGGUGGGGGAUUCCCACUCCCCCCCAUCUUUUCUACCUUGAGGUCUCAUUAGAUUGAGAGCUCCUUGGAUGACCUAUCUCUGAGGGGUUUCUCCUUUUAAAAAGCAAGGGCUGUGUGUUCUGUGAUUUCUGCAGCAGCGCAGUGUGUGGAGCUGGGUGACAAAUCCUGCUUACAAAAGCUCUUGGUUUGCAUUUUUAAAAGACCGGGGUGGGGGGGGCACGUUUUUGUAGAUGCUGCGGCCUCAAAAUCUACGUGGAGGCAUAAAGCUGACAGAAUACAGUGGUACCUCAGGUUACAGACGCUUCAGGUUACGGACAACGCUAACCCAGAAAUAGUACCUCAGGUUAAGAACUUUUUGCUUUAGGAUGAGAACAGAAAUCGUGUGGCGGCGGCAGCGGGAGGCCCUAUUAGCUAAAGUGGUACCUCAGGUUAAGGACGGACCUCCAGAAUGAAUUACCGCAUUUUUCGCUCUAUAAGACGCACCAGACCAUAAGACACACCUAGUUUUUGGAGGAGGAAAACAAGAAAAAAAAUAUUCUGAAUCUCAGAAGCCAGAACAACAAGAGGGAUCGCUGCACAGCGAAAGCAGCGAUCCCUCUUGCUGUUCUGGCUCCUGGGAUAGCUGCGCAGCCUGCAUUCGCUCCAUAAGACGCACACACAUUUCCCCUUACUUUUUAGGAGGGGAAAAGUGAGUCUUAUAGAGCAAAAAAUACGGUAAGUUCUUAACCCGAAGUACCACUGUAAUGGGAUAUUUUUUGGAGGGGGGGUUGUGGGGGCUUUAUUGCCUUGCCCCUCCUCGUGAGUAGCAAGACCAGAAUAAGUUACACCAAUGAGAGCGCUGAACUGUAUAUACAGUCGUACCUCGGAAGUCUAAUGGAAUCCGUUCCGGAAGUACAUUUCGACUUCCGAAAUGUUCGGAAACCAAAGCAUGGCAGGAAGCUGCAGCCAACCGGAAGUCAUGGAAGCCCCAUCGGAUGUUCAGCUUCCAAAAAUAGUUUGCAAACCAGAGCACUCACUUCCAGGUUUGCGGCGUUCAGGAGCCAAAACGUCCGAGAACUAAGCUGUUUGACUUCCAAGGUACGACUGCAUAAAGACAUCAUAAUUCUAAUGUUCUAGUGCAGGAAUCUGCACAGCUAUAAACUAGGCAUGCGUGCUUUCUGCCUGGAGCACUGAAGAGUCCAUUUAAAAAAAAAAAAAAAAGCCUUUAAAGAUUACGGAGAUUCUAGCCCCUGUGAUUAUGGGGAAACCUUGGAAACUUGCACCAAUCAGACCAUGGGUAGAUCUGCAUAACUUUUCCCGCUCGCACAGAUUUCUCCUGCCAGCAUUAUCUUUACCAGAAGUAGAGAAAUCCAAACUAAUUUAAUCACUUUAGAGCCAGGAGUGGCAGCAUAACAGCUUGAAAGUGUCGCAGUGGAGUAGCUGGCGAACACUGAGGAAAUGACCCUCAAUCGCAGGGAAUCUACAGGUAGCGGCAGUUCUUCCGAUGCAAUGGCUAAGGUUCAAAAUGUGGCCGGAACGGAGGUUUCAUGUUUACUCGAUGCAAAUAGGCCUUAAUAGAGGGCACGCUUUUGAACUGAGCAAAGGGGGACGAGAGCCAGCAACAGCAGCUCCUCCCAUUGGUCUGCACCAAUCAGGACGUGGGAAAAGACUCUUUCAAAUCCCUUUCUCCCGUAUGAAUAGCAGAAGCCUUAACAGAGCCGUCCUAUUAUUAGGCAGUUCAUUGCGUUUCCAGGCACAGGCAAAGGGCACUUCAAUUCUGUCUCCCUUGCACGCAAGCAGGCAUCCAGAUGGAGAACAAUUAACUUCGGAGUCACUCCUUUUAUUAACCCUGUUUACUGCGCUACGCCAGUUCGUACAGUCAAAUCAACAGGGAGAGCUUUUUUUUAAAUCAUUUAUCAUUUUUAUUGUGUUGUCUACCACCAUUGUCUACCACUCCGAGGUCACCCAGUGAGCUUCAGGGCUGAGUGGGGAUUCGAACCCUGCUCUCCCAGGUCCUAGUCCAUCACUCUAACCAUUACGCCACCGUUUUCUUCAGCUGUGGGGGGAAGGAGUGCAUGUUUCAACCUUCCUUGACUGAGGAGAACCCCCCUCCCCCCCCAAAAAAAAACCCAGUUGGCAGAGAAGAUUUGAUCCCUGACAUGCUAGCUUUCUAUGUGGAGGGAAGUUUUUUCCCGCCACCAGGGAGUUCCAAACACAUGCACUCAGAUUUCUUUCUCCCCGCAGUUCAAAAGUAGCACGAUCCAGCCCUCCGCUCUGUUUCACCCCAACCUCUGCCUCUCUUCCAGCCAAGCCCACAAACACGGCCGAAGCCCAGGAGGUCAAGACUAGCAACCUCGAACUCCCUGUGGCUGUCUGCAUCUCCGAUCGGGGGAAGCCACCGGCCCGCAUCACGUGGCAGUCGGGGCUGAACGGCAAUGCCACCGUCUCGGAGGUGACCAACGCGGACGGCACCGUCACCGUCACCAGCUACUACCGCAUGGUGCCCACCAAGGAAGCCAAUGGGCAGCGCAUCACCUGCAUUGUGGAGCACAAGACGCAACCGCAGCCAGAAGCUCUUCCAGUGGUGCUUUCGAUAUUGUGUGAGUGGUGCGGCCUGGCUUUGGGGUUGGAGGUGGCUAUGGUCUUGAGGUGGGCCCCUGCGGAGGAAAACAGUCAGAGAGCCCAGGAGACGUUGAUUGUACACACACCCCUUUCAUUUAAAAGCCGUUCUCCGUCCCCUUCCAUCAAGACCCCUGGGAACUGCAGUUUAAGGGGGCUAGGAAUUGUAGCUCUUGUAAGGAGUACAAGAAUUUUCUGGAGGGGGUGCAGAAUGUGCUUUAAAUGUUAGGUGUGUACACAGCCUUCACUUCUCUGCUCUUAUUUCCUGACCCUGGAAAAACUUACAAUCCUAUACUUUUAGUCAGGCAUAGGCAAACUCUGGCCCUCCAGAUGUUUUAGACUACAAUUCCCAUCAUCCCUAGCUAGCAGGACCAGUGGUCAGGGAUGAUGGGAAUUGUAGUCCCAAACAUCUGGAGGGCAGGAGUUUGCCUAUGCCUACUUUUAGUGGCCUGGGAUGUGGAAGGGAAGGUGAAUGAGGAUUGGUCUUUGAAUGCUGGUUUGAACAAUCUCGGAACUUAUUUUUGUUAUUAUUCGCUACCACCCUGAGGGUGGGGGGUGGGAUGGGGAGCAGUUGAAGUUAAGCAUUGCUUUGCAAGCUGUGGGAAACUAGGAUGCCUGGGUUCCACCCCUAGCUUUGGGUAGCGGAGUGGCGCCUAGUGGUUGGAGCACAAGUUUGGAGGCAUGUUGGAAGGAGGGGAAUGACACCUGGAGGUUGUGUUUUGAAUCCCACCAUUUCUCCCCAAGCUGCCCAGAGCUGCAAACCCGCAGGCGAUGCAACCAUUUAAAACACCCAAAGGCAAUUCUGAUGCAGAAACAGACUGGGAAAGAACUGUAGCUAAUAAAAGGCUCUUCGGGUGGUGAAAAAACUGAGAAAAGGACCUGGGGAGAUAGCAGAUGCUGUUCCAGGCAGAGCUUGUGGGGAUAUUUGCAGGAAGGCAAUCUUGGCUGGGGGAGAAAGUAGAAGCAGGGAUUUGUGCAUCUUCUCAGUGCCCGCCACCAAGAAAGACGGGAGUAUCCUAUCUGGUUUCUCCUUGCAGAUCCUCCCGAGGUCACCAUAGAGGGAUAUGACGACAACUGGUAUUUGAGCCGCAACGAGGCCAUGCUCAAGUGCACCGCCAAGGGGAACCCUCCGCCCACCGAGUUCAUCUGGAGCACGUGAGUCCGAAACCUCUUUCUUUCUCUCUCCCUCCCACCACCAGCCAGUGCACAUGGCCCGGCCCUCGAGUGUGCCCUUCUGCGGAGGCAUUCACCUGAAGCCGGCCAAUUAGGACUUCUGCACUUUGAUGAGCUUUGAAGUGCAUCCCUGCACUUUCUCAGGAGUGGUGCUGAUGAAAGGCUUUUCCAUGUGCUGCAGUUCCUGUUUUCAAGACGGAGGAUCUGCACUGAGUGACCUUACGUUCUCUCUGCACUAUUUGGGACGUUCAGAAUUUGAAAGUCUACCCGGGAGGGUUAUCUCAGCUCCCCAGAUGUUUUGAGCCCCACCCAGCACAACCACCAGCAGGUUAGGGGGUGAAGGGAAUUGUGAUCCAAAGCUGAAGAAUGCUUCUUUAGAAGAUGCCCAGUGAGUGAUGGCUCCCCGCCCUCCCCCCAGGCUUCACUUCUAUGUCCACGAGAACUAGAAACUUGCUGCUUUUGUUUUUCAAUGCAAGCUGCUCCUGGCAAUUACAUCUACAGUGGUACCUUAGUUCUCAAACUUAAUCCGUUCCGGAAGUCCGUUCCAAAACCAAAGCGUUCCAAAACCAAGGCGCGCUUUCCCAUAAAAAGUAAUGCAAAAUGGAUUAAUUCGUUCCAGACUUUUGAAAACAACGCCUAAAACAGCAAUUUAACAUGAAUUUUACUCUCUAACGAGACCAUUGAUGCAUACAAUGAAAGCAAUAAACAAUGUACUGCAGUCACACUGUCAGUCAAUCAGUAGCUGAACUGGGUUCCACACAGUCACAAAAACAAAACAAAAAUAGCUGCAAAAACACAAAAUAAAUGGCAAAAACAGACAGACCUCAGUGUAACACUCAAAACGGAAGUGUGGCACUCAAAAUGGAAGCGUAAAACUUAAAACGGAGCAUGUUCGGUUUCCAAAAUAAGUUUGCAAACCGGAACACUUACUUCCGGGUUUGCAGUGUUUGGGUUCCAUGAUGUUUGAGUACCAAGGCAUUUGAAAACCAAGGUACCACUGUAUUUUAUGAUAGGCCUGAAUAGCUUGUGACCCACUAAGCAAAACGCAGCCAUGAAUGGAAGCCUAUCGUUGGCCUUGAGAGACAAUGGAGUGUACCUCCAGGGGUGAAGUCUAACUGCUGCAUUUGCAGUACCAAAGUGACCUCCCCGGGGCGCAAGCCUGGGCAGUGUGUCUGGAGGUUCUGGGCUGCCUAGAUGACAAGACCCCACUCUUGGCCUUUUUGAUGUGGUCCAAAGGAAGGCAGAGCAAUACAUUUGGCACUGGCUUGGGUGCAAGAGUUGCCCGAAGGAGGUGUGCAAGGCGCCAUCCAACCAUCUUAGGGACUCCACUCCAGAUUUGUGUAGGGUUUACUCCUCAGCCGGAGGUUUAGGAUCAGAGUUUUCCUUCUUCUAGAUGAGCUUACCUUCCCAGGUUGACCAGCCCCAUCUGCCCCUAGGAAACUUAUUAUUAUUAUUAUUUAUUUGAAAAACCACCAGGGGUUUUCUGCCUGCCUCGGGCUGCAAGAAGACAAAAACAUUUUCAAAACGUGUGGGAUUGGUGGCUUGCCUUCAGCUCAGUGGGUUGAACGUUGCACAGUCUUCUCCAAAGAACUCGUAGGCUGUGUUAAGCCUCUUCCUCCAGCCCAUGGGAGACGGCUUCCCCUUUCGGCACAGAAUGAGGCUGAGCCGGUUCUUCUGGCUCGCCAAAGGAAAAAACAUCCUCCCCAGAUGACUCUGGCUAUGGGCAGGGGAGGGCCAGGAAAACAGGGCUCCCGAGUUCUGCAUGAUCUCCUGUAGAGCACCUUGGGACGAGGGGAGAAAAGCAGAGAAGUAUUGCAAAGAGGAGGGGGCUUAAGUUUGUGGUGUAGUCCAGGGCCAUACACAUGGCAUGGCUUGCAUUGGAAAAAAUGGUAUCCUGUUUUGUAUUGAUAAAAUAUUGUAAACAGUGAGUGCCAAAUUAAGCUCAAAGUGGCACCAGGAAAGAGUUCGCUCAUGUGUUGCUACUCCAUGUCUUCAGCUUACAUGAAGUCCUUAUAUAAAAUGAUAUAAACCUUUAUAGCAGGGAUGAGGAGUCUGUGGUAUUAUCAAUGUUUUUGUACUCCCAUCAGCCCCAAGGCAGUCCAGCCAUUGGUGAAGGCUGAUGGGAGUUGUAGUCCAGCAGUAUCUGGAACUCUGCAGGGUCUUCAUCCAUCUUCUCUGGGAUGAUUUCCUAUUUAAGUUUCAUUGGUAGGCCCUUUUUCUCCUUCCCUGUACCAUGCAUUCAAACUGUCCUAGACUGGUUUCUCUGCCUUGGGUGUCCAGCUGUUGUUGGACUACAACUCCCAUCAUCCUAGACCACUGGUUCUGCUAGCUAGGGUUGAUGGGAGUUGUAGUCCAACGACAGCCGGAGACCCAAGGUUAAGAAACACUUACCGUAGAUUCCGGCGUAUUAGGCGACUGGGCGUAUAAGACAGUGCUGCCACUUUGGGGAAGGGUCUUAUACGCUUCGGCAGCUUUGCUGGGCAGUGGGCGGCGGGCUCCACGCCGGGAGGAAGCUGCCCAGCGAUGCUAAGCCGGCUUCGCUGGGUGGCUUCCUUCCACCGCAGAGCGGAGCCCACCACCCACUGCAGCCAUACCCGGCGUAUAAGACGACCCCCAACUUUUUAACCUCUUUUCCAGGGUUAAAAAGUCGUCUUAUACACCGGAAUCUAUGGUAUGUAUAGUAUGAAAUUCGUAGCAUUCUCUUCUUUCUUUUUUAAAAAAGAAAAGUUUUUGAUUGUUGUGGCUUGUGGAGAAAAGCUCACAAAGCAGCGGAAUGCAUUUAUUAUCAUUAUCACUAUCGCUAUCAUUUAUUAAAUUUGUAUACUGCUGUAAACGCACAGGUGUCUUGCAUUCUUCAAUGCAAAAGACAUGCCAUGUGUAAUGGGUUCUUACAAGGGACUGUUGGGAGUCUCCCAGAUUCUGUUUCCUAACUAAGUCUUCUCUCUCUCUCUCUCUCAAUUGCUCCCAUUCAGGGCCAAUGGGCCUCUGCCAAAGACUGUGGAGGUCCAGGGCGACAUACUCUUGGUGCGCAACGUGGAUGCUUCGGUGAACACCACUUUUAGAUGCCAGGCCACCAAUCGCGUGGGACAGGUUUCGACAGACCAAGUCAUCCUUGUCCGAGGUGAGAAUCGUGGGGAGUCGAUGGUCUUGAGUGUGCAUGAAGCUUUUGGGUAAAAGGACUUGGAUCUGGUGGCCUGGUGUUUUGCACAUAUGGGGAAUCUUGCUGCCUUUUUAAAAAAACCCAAACAAAAAACAAAACUGCUUUGGGGGCCAGUUGUUUGUAUAUAAUAUGUGCUUCCUUCUCUGGGCUGAGAGCUGAAACUCUUUAGAACUUGAUUACUGGGCUGCACCAUUUUCAGUUUGAGACGGAGGAAGGGAUGUUUAGAGUGCUUCUGUUCUCCUCCCCCCCCCCCAAUCCUUGUAUACAUGAUACUAACAUGUCAGGGAGAAAUCUUUAGACUAGGGGUGGGGAACCUGAAUCUCCCUCCAGAGAUGCAUUUAGGUGAGCGCAAGAGACGGGGACACCAAAUUUGCUGAAAUUUGAGAUGUUGUUGGACUGCAACUCCUAUCACGGCCGUGCUGGGUGGAGCUGAACAAGAACUGGAAGUCCCAAAUCUGGGCCUCCACACCAUAUGACGUCCUUCUCCUGGUAUUGUAAAUGGUUCGAUACAUGCUCACGUCUUGGGAAUGCAGCAAGCCCGCAACUUACGUGCAUUUAAACCGUGUGCAUUCCGCCAAAAAACAGAGGAUGGAAAGAGGAGUCAGGGUUCCAGGGAAAACGACUUUGGCAAUCCCACCCAGGGUUGAGCCCACGCGAUUUUGGCUUUAGGCGCGAUCCGCAGAACGUUAACUCCUGUGUAAGUUGCGGGCUUGCUGUGCAUGUACCGAAAGCUGAAUGCAUUGUGGAAACGGGAAAGCAAGCAGCGCCAUGGGCACAUUGUGGGUGUAAGUUGUGGCACAGGCUGUGCCUCCGGCUGGGUGUGUUUUAGGUACAGAGGCGACAUGCUAGGCCGCGUCAUGCUUGGGCAGGCCUGCAUGGAAGAGGCACUCCCUGGACCCUCUAAUGUCCCAAUUCUCCUCGGACAGCAAGGGGGACCCUUCCAGAUGGAUAGGGGAGGCGGGGGGUCCCUGAGACCCCGCCCGUGUGCUCUUCCACGGCUCCACCUGCAGCUCUGCCCCUUCCCCAACGCUGGCAAAGCCUAGUGAUGCACUUUUCUCUGAGUGACACCCCUCGUCUUCCUUUCUUUACUCAGACCAGCCGGCGAAGAGGCAGAGCAGCAGCGCUGGAGCUUUGGCCGGGUCCAUCGUGGGGGGGAUCCUAGCCUUGGCUCUCCUGGGAGCCAUAGUCUUCUUUGCUGUGCGUCGCCACCGCCACCGGGGCACCAAAGGCUCUUACGACCCCAAGACCCGGGUCUUUGGCAACGGGACAGCUCCUCCCCCAGCCCGCGACUUCACUGAACUCGACCGGCCCCUCAAAGCCGCCCCGGGGAGGGGGCCGGAGGACGACGACGAGUACGACGAGGAAGAUGAACGCGAGGAGCGCCUCCCGCCCUACGGCUACCCGUCCCACCGCCUGGAGGGCGACGAGGAGCAGUACGACCAGUUGGGCCCCAUGUUGCGGCUCAGCUCUCCCCACCACGGCUACGAUUUCGACGACAUGGAGUCCCAGCACGACGGCUCCAUCAUAUCCAAGACAGCCGUCUACGUGUGA